UACUGAGAUGAGGUUAGAGAGAGAGAGAGCAGAGAUUGGGUUUAUGUAACUCAGCGGUGAUACUGAGAUGAGAUUAGAGAGAGAGAGCAGAGAUUGGGUUUAUGUAACUCAGGGGUGAUACUGAGAUGAGAUUAGAGAGAGAGAGAGAGUGCAGAGAUUGGGUUUAUGUAACUCAGCGAUGAUACUGAGAUUAGAGAGAGAGAGAGAGAGUGCAGAGAUUGGGUUUAUGUAAUUUAGCGGUGAUACUGAGAUGAGGUUAGAGAGAGAGAGAGAGAGCAGAGAUUGGGUUUAUGUAACUCAGGGGUGAUACUGAGAUGAGAUUAGAGAGAGAGAGUGCAGAGAUUGGGUUUAUGUAACUCAGCGAUGAUACUGAGAUGAGGUUAGAGAGAGAGAGAGCAGAGAUUGGGUUUAUGUAAUUUAGCGGUGAUACUGAGAUUAGAGAGAGAGAGAGAGAGAGAGUGCAGAGAUUGGGUUUAUGUAACUCAGCGGUGAUACUGAGAUGAGGUUAGAGAGAGAGAGAGAGCAGAGAUUGGGUUUAUGUAACUCAGCGGUGAUACUGAGAUGAGAUUAGAGAGAGAGAGAGCAGAGAUUGGGUUUAUGUAACUCAGCGGUGAUACUGAGAUGAGGUUAGAGAGAGAGAGUGCAGAGAUUGGGUUUAUGUAACUCAGCGGUGAUACUGAGAUGAGGUUAGAGAGAGAGAGAGAGUGCAGAGAUUGGGUUUAUGUAACUGAUGUGAGCAGUAAGACGGUCUCAAUGCCUGAAUUUUAACACUAUAUCACGAUAUUGUCAUUAAUAAAAAACACAAUGUAUUACAGCUCUGUUUACCUGUACCAAACAGUAACAUAGUGAACGCACUCUGCUGGAUCCACACAACCCAAGCUGUUUAUCUCCAAGGAAGCAUUAUACAUGAUAGAGUCAGCACCCAAGCAAUGCCAUGCACAGCAAUCAGCACCCUGGUGUUUUCAUAUUCAUAACAUGUUAUUUUUGACAAAAAAUGUAAACAGGAUUGCUGGGCAUGUCUGUGUAUUAUUAUAUAUUGUUGCAUGUUAUUAGGUAUUACAGAGCUUUGUUGUGCAUUACUGGACAUUGCUAACAGUAACUGUGUUUUACUGGUCAUUAACGGGCUUUGCUGGUCAUUACUGAGUGUUGCUGUACCUUGCUGGGCAUUGCUGGAUAUUGCUGGUCAUUACUGAGUGUUGCUGUACCUUGCUGGGCAUUGCUGGAUAUUGCUGGUUGUUACUGUUUGUUGCUGUAUUUUACUGGUCAUUGUUGGGCAUUGCUGGUUGUUACUGUUUGUUGCUGUAUUUUACUGGUCAUUGUUGGGCAUUGCUGGGCGUUACUGUUUGUUGCUGUAUUUUACUGGUCAUUGUUGGGCAUUGCUGGGCGUUACUGUUUGUUGCUGUAUUUUACUGGUCAUUGUUGGGCAUUGCUGGGCGUUACUGUUUGUUGCUGUAUUUUACUGGUCAUUGCUGGUCAUUACUGGGUGUUACUGUGUUUUGAUGGUCAUUGCUGGGCAUUGCUGGUCAAUACUGGUUGUUACUAGGUGUUGCUUUGUUUUAUUGGUCAUUGCUAGCCAUUGUUUGUCAUUACUGGGUGUUGCUGUGUUUUACUGGUCAUUGUUGGGCUUUGUUGGUCAUUGCUAGCCAUUGUUUGUCAUUACUGGGUGUUGCUGUGUUUUGAUGGUCAUUGCUGGGCGUUACUGGGUGUUGAUGUGUUUUAUUGGUCAUUGCUGGUUAUUACUUAGUGUUGCUGUGUUUUACUGGUCAUUGUUAGGCAUUGCUGAGCAUUGCUGGCCAUUACUGGGUGUUGCUGUGUUUUACUGGUCAUUGUUGGGCUUUGCUGGUCAUUACUGGUCAUUGCUGGUCAUUACUGGGUGUUGCUGUGUUUUACUGGUCAUUGUUGGGCAUUGCUGGGCGUUACUGGGUGUUGCUGUGUUUUACUGGUCAUUGCUGGUCGUUACUGGCUGUUGCUGUGUUUUGCUGGUUAUUGUUGGGCAUUGCUGUGUGUUGCUGUGUUUUGAUGGUCAUUGUUGGGCAUUGCUGGUCAUUACUGGGUGUUGCUGUGUUUUGCUGGUCAUUGUUGGGCAUUGCUGGUCAUUACUGGUCAUUGCUGGUCAUUACUGGGUGUUGCUGUGUUUUACUGGUCAUUGUUGGGCUUUGUUGGUCAUUGCUAGCCAUUGUUUGUCAUUACUGGGUGUUGCUGUGUUUUGAUGGUCAUUGCUGGGCGUUACUGGGUGUUGCUGUGUUUUGCUGGUUAUUGUUGGGCAUUGCUGGGUGUUGCUGUGUUUUGAUGGUCAUUGUUGGUCAUUGCUGGUCAUUACUGGGUGUUGCUGUGUUUUGAUGGUCAUUGUUGUGUUUCGCUGGUCAUUGCUGGUCGUUACUGGGUGUUGCUGUGUUUUACUGGUCAUUGUUGGGCAUUGCUGGUUGUUACCGGGUGUUGCUGGGUUAUACUCUGUUUGCUUUGAAGUGUUUCAGGUUACAGUUAUUUUCUGUUUGUUACUGGGUUCUACCAGGUGUAUAUGUGAUGUUGUGCAUUACUAGACAUUGUUACGUGUUACUGAUUGUUGCUGAGAACGGCCGGACCAGAGUUUAUGGAAAACAUUCACAAAGGGUUCACAAAGAGAGUUGAUAACAAUCAUGUAUCUGUAUUAAACCAAUAAAAUUUCCUGACCUUUUUCUGAGUAUUUUCAACGUGGUUACAAUCCAAAAAUGUCACCAGCUUUUUAUGCCAGUAACACCCAUGAAGUUAAAAAUCAUUAUCAAAUUAAAACUGGGCUUAACUUCAAUCGUCAUCGUUAGCCACGUGAUCUUAAGAUCUAUAAUAUGUGUCCUUAACCUGCUGUGUUCCAAAUCAACACUGACCGUGAUUUGUAUGUUCAGUGCUUUCCACUAAUAUUGGUAACCUUGGUACAUAGGAGUAAAGACGGCUGUAAAAAUCGUCUUUAUUGUUUAACCUUUUGAUCUUUUGUUAAAAAAAUACACAGAAAUACUCUGCUCCUAUGCAAACAUGACACCGGUUUGUAAACAAUUGCAAACACAACACAUUUUUAUAAAACAAAUAUAUUUGCUAACUAUAUGUGUGUCACAAUUACUGGCUGCCUUUUAGUCAAUACUUUGUGCUACCUCCCUUUGCCAAGAUAACAUCUCUGAGUCUUCUCACAUAAUGCCCGAUGAGGAUGGAGGGUUGGAGAAUACAUGUCACUGGAUCUGAGACCAAUCCUCCAUACAGAAUCUCUCCACUUCUUUCAAAUUUCGAGGUUGAUGUUUGUGAACUCUCCUCUUCCAUUCAUCCCACAAGUUUUCUAUGGGGUUCAAGUCAGGGGACUGUGAUAACCAUGGCAGGACCUUGAUUUUGUUGACAGUAAACAAUUUUUGUGUUGAUUUUAUUGUAUGCUUUGGAUCAUUAUCCUGCUGGAAGAUCCAAUCAUGGCUCAUUUUAAGCUUUCUGGCAGAGGCAGCUAGGUGUCCAUUUAAUAUUUGUUGAUAUUUGAUAGCCUUCUUAUCAAAAUGUCCAGGUCCUCUGGCAGAAAAACAGCCCUGAAGCAUUAAAGAGUCACCACCUUAUUUAACUUUGGUAUGAAGUACUUUUUCAAAUGGCAACGUCUCUGUGUGCACCAAACUCACCUUUGGUGAUUAUUGCCAAAAAACUCUAUUUUGGUUUCAUGUGACCAUAGAGCACAAUCCCAUUUGAAGUUCCAGUUGUGCCUAGCAAACUAAAGAUGGUUGCGUUUGCUUUUGGAUGAGAGUAGAGACUUUUUUCUUAAAACCCUUCCAAACAACAUGUGGUGAUGUAGGUGACUUCAGAUUGUAGUUUUGGAGAGUUUCUGACCCCAAAACUUCUGAAAUUCUCCACCUGGAAUCCUUGGAGAUUUUUUGGCCACUCGAACCAACCUCUUCACAGUGCACUGAUACCCACUUCUCCUUUCGUGAAGCUCAACAACCUUUUGCCAGACAUUACAGCUAUAUUCCAUGGUCUUACCCAUCGUGAUGAAUGGCAAAGGGAAUUUGUGAGAAAAUGUGUUACCUCAUAUUUACAACCCUGAAACAGGGAGUCAUGAUUGAACAAUUUCAUUUUCCUAGUCACCCAGAUGUACUAAACAUGCAAAAUUUCCAUAGUAAUAUAUUCCAAUAUUUUUCUCAUAUGAAUUCAUAAUGGUGCCAGUAAUUGUGCCACCCAUAUAUUUAAAAUUGUUUUUAUUUGGAUAAACCUGCGUUGUGUUUUCAAUUGUUUGAUAUUCAUGAAAGCAGGGUAUUUUUGUGUAUUUUUUGAACAAAAGAUCAAAAGGUUAAACAAUUCCCACAGCCUUGUUUGCUCAUAUUAACCAAGGGUGCCAAUAUUAGUGGAGGGUACUGUACAUACAUAUCAAGUUCAGUGUCGAUUUGGAACACAGCAGGUUAAUAACACAUAUUAUAGAUCUCAAGAUCAUGUGACUCGUGAUGACGAUUGAAGUUAAACCCAGUUUUAAUUUUAUAAUGGUUUGAUUUCCAACUUUUUGGAUUGUGAUCACAUUGAAAGCAUUCACAAAAAGGUUGCUGUCUUAACGAUUUCACUACAUUAUUUUAGUGUAACAGUUCCUAUUUGUCCUAUAUAUGCUUUAGUUGAUAAAGACUCAGCAUAAAUGUUAUGAUAUUCUCGCUAAUAUCAUGAAGUCAAGGCAGUUCUUUGUCUUAUUAGUUCUAUUCUUGAGCAGAAACUUUCCACAUUUUUGUGGUACCCGCUAAUUAGUUGAAAAUUUCUUUCUGUGGUUUUAUUGAGUCUUUUUCAGUGUUGAAUUUGACAAUUUUCUGUUAAUGUUUCGAUAAAUCUUCUUCAAGAUUGUGGUUGAUAAAGAAUGACUGCUUAAUCCACGGGAUGCCAGCCUCUGGUACUUGGGCUAAAAUCAUGACCAUCCAUUUAUAAGCAGAGCCUAAGGUAGACCAGGCAGCCACCAGUCAUUGGGGGCUCUCAUAUGGCAUAGUAGGCACCUGUCUACCCUCUGCCAAAAAAUAUUGUUUGAGAGGGGGGUAUGGGCAGUGAGAGAGCUAUGUACUUACAGGGAUCUGAUUCAUUCCCUGCAUGGUGCCAGGGAAUAAUCACAUGUAUAAAUACAAAGUAUAAAAUAAACAUAUAUCCAUAAUAAAAAUAGUCCUACGCUUUUUGUUCGUUAUGAACUUCCUCAGGGACCGCAAUAAAAUAAUCACAUGUAUAAAUACAAAGUAUAAAAUAAACAUAAAAUAAACAUAUAUCCAUAUGUUUAUUUGGAUAUAAAAUAAUCACAUGUAUAAAUACAAAGUAUUUAUACAUGUGAUUAUUUUAUUGCGGUCCCUGAGGGAGUUCAUAACGAACGAAAUGCGUAGGACUAUUUUUCUGCAUCCAUAUCUUAUGCUAAAUUGGUGACUGCUUAUUUUUAUACUUUUAUUGAAUACAUUUUUUCCAAUUUUCUAAACCCUGACCUGUGGAUGCCUUGUGGUGGAACACGAAAUUGGAGGUGAACAGAAGGAUUGUUUGGCCCCCCAUUACACCGGGGGAGGCACCCUGUGAGCUUUUAUACCUACUUCUAUCUAGUGAGUGCAACCGAUAACUGCGCACAGAAUAUUGUAUUUUGUAACAAUAUUACACUAUGUUUUGCCUUAUGUUCUCUCUGUAGAUUUACACAGAUAUAAAUUGUAAUCUUUACAUUUGCUUCAAUUUUAAAAUACACAAUGUAUAGAUUAGAUUACAUUAAUGUUACUGAUAGCUGAAACGUCGUCUGUCAGCAAAAUCCAAUUCACAUAACCUCUUGCCAUCGAGUGUCUGGGCAAAGCUUAAAGGAUUUACUUUCUACUAACCAGUUGUCUUACUCAAAGUGACCUUUCCCAUCCGCACAUUCUGUGCUUGACAGACCCACUUUAUUUUUAUUUUUAAUAUUUUCAUUUUUUUUUUUUUUUAUUCAUUUUUCCAUGUGGGCUAGACAUAUUACAUUUAGCAUGACACAGAAAAUGCAAUAGUGAAUGACAUAAAUAGAAUGAUGUAUGCAAUGAUUCUUGCCCACCAUAAAGGUCAUACAUGCAAAACCAAGAAUAGAACAAUUAAGAACAUCAUGAGCCCAGGGAAGCAGAUUUUGACUAUUUGUAUGUCUGAAAGUGAGAAGAAGUAUGAAAAUUUAACAAAAAUGUAAAAUGAUCUAACCAAUUUGGAGGACGGCUGGAAGAGGAAGAAUUAUGGGCCCAGUAAAUUAUGCUCACAGGUAUCGCCACAGUCGGGCUAUAACUUUAACAUGUCAGCCUCACUAGAAAUAAAAAGUAGGAAAAGCAAUUGAACAUGGCAAGAAAAGAAACAAUAAGCUAUAGACAGAACUCAAUGAACAAAGGUAUGGUUUUCAAUAGAUCGUGAGACAACCACUGUAUUGAGGUCCCAACCGGUUCUGGAUGAGGGGCACACUGCCUCUUGCUUCUGAGGAGGAAGUCCUACUGCCCAGAGAAAGCUUGUCACCUCCGUCAGGGAGGAUAUAUGAAAAACUGACCCAUCUAGGGAAAGGCCCACCCCACUCUAAAAAAACGGUGCUAAGAAUUUUCGCGACUGCUGUCUAAAUACAGCAUCUGCCAUCAGCAGUAUUAGACAUCUGGGUUCAAACAGUUUAUUCCGUACAUUGCAUGUUUUAACUUAGAACUGAUCAGGCACCCUUACCUAGUUCUUGUUUUCAGAAUUGGUGCGCACACACACACACGCUCGCACACAUACCUGUUGGGAAUCAUGAACCAGUGAGAACAAACCUUGGUACAGAAUUGCUCUUUUUUUGUAUAUGAACAAGUAUGUCUGUCUUUAACUUCUUCAUGACAGAUGAGGUGCCAAGAUUGUCAUGAUUUCAUUCUAUCUCCCUCCAUUCUUCCUCUGUCUGACACAUAUACGCAGUUACAACGACUGGCUUGGGAACCACUGCUCUAGUUUAUUGUAAUCAGAACAGAACAAUGUCAGAGGUCAGGGAUGGCAGGAACAAGAACAAGAUAAAGUGAAAUCAUCACUUUUAUUAACACAGAAAGUUAACAAAAAGUCAUUUUAGUUCCAGCCCCAAACACUCAAUAUAAUCCGACUGUUUUAGCAAGCACAGGGGUUGGACAGAGAAGGAUUAAAGGGUCACUAGAGGGACCCAGACCACUUCAGCUCAUUGACGUAGUCUGGUUGCAGUGUCCCAGGACCCUUAACCCCACAAUUAUAAAUAUUGCUGUUUUUGAUAAACUUCAAUAAUUGCUUUGCAGAAUUAACUUCAUCUCUAGUGGCUGUCCACCAGGCAGCCACUAGAGGAACUUCCAGGUCCUUAGUGGACUUUAGUCCACUAAAUGACACUGAAUGUCCUGAUGGUUUGCAUGAGGAGAUCCAGCUUCAUCCAAAACGCUGCAUAUGCGCAUUAGGUCCCCCCUGCCGUCUGAUGUCAGCGGAGAGGAGGAGGCGGAGCCUGAACCAGCGCCAAGGGACAUCAGCGCUGGCUCUGGAAUCAGGUAAGUCAUAUAGGGGUUUUUAAUCCCAUCACCACCAUGAGCGGGUGGGGGGAUGCGAGGGAGAGGGACAAUGCAGAUUGGCGAGUUUGGUCCCCUUUCAUUCUUGAUAGGGAUGGUGAACGGGCCAGGAUAAUUUAUGGUUCAGGUGCCCCUCUUUAUACCCUGGGGUGAGAUGUAUUAAAAGAUUUUACUAAACCAAAUUCCUGUCUGGCACAGAUUCAGUCUCAAUGAAUUUGCAAAGAGUUGGUGGACUGCACCCUGCCUUCAUUACCAUAUUUUUAGUAAGUACUUUUAUUAAUGAUCAAGUAAACAGCAUUUCUCUAUAGGAUUGUUUUAAAAGUUAGAUGAUCUACAUUGAUGCCUGUCAUUAAAUUAUAUAAAUAUACAGAUCAGAAGUGAAGGCAUCGCUUACCUGCUUCUACUCGUUUGCAUUCUAGACCAGUGAUCCUUAACCUUUGGGUCGUGACCUAACACAGGGCCCCCCUGCAAUUUGUAACAUGCACUGAUACAGUAUCUGCUGUUGUGAAGUGUCAGGGCAUUCCUGAGUGCAGCAGAGACACAUUUCAAACUGAGAAGAGUCUGCCGGAGGUGCUCUUAGAAUAUAUUUUGUUAUAUACAUCGCUUUUGAAACCUGGGCCACUGAGCUUAUUCAUCAAAUGAAGAAUGGUUUACUAAGCUGGUGCCAUGUAUGUAAUACUAAAACAAAGGAUAAAGGAACUCUAAGUCCAUCUCAGUGAAGUGGUCUGGGUGCAGUGGUCCUGUAUGUUUUAACCCUUCUCAGCUACUAGAGGUGCUUACUAUGCAGCAGCAGAGUUAAACUUGGUCAUAAGUCGUGAACAUCAUUGAAUGCAGUGCCUGGGAAAUCAUUGAAUUCAAUGUCUUCCUAUGAGAAGCAUUGACAUGGCAUCAUGUUCCCCAAAUCUCCUCUAUGAGAAACAUUGGACAAACAACAGGGAAGCAAUGCCUUCGGAGUGGCCAACAGCACAGAGAGAGACUUGGUACUGGAAUAAAGAUUUAUUACCUUUAGUUUAACUAUUUUUACUACAAAGGGGGCACUAAUCUAAAUAGGGACUGGGGCACUAUGUUGUUAAAGACACAGGUUUUUAUUCCUAACAUUAUUGUUAUUAUUAUUAUUUUAUUAUUUAUAUAGUGCCAUCAGAUUCUGUAGUGCUGUACAAAGGGAUAGUGUUCCUUUGAGAACCAUUGGUCUCACCAGAAUGGCUUACAACAGAAUGGCUUAAACAGAAGAAAAUACGCCUUCUGACGUGGCCCAGUCAGAGUCCUGACCUCAACCCGAUUGAGAUGCUGUGGCAUGACCUCAAGAAAUCGAUUCACACCAGACAUCCCAAGAAUAUUGCUGAACUUAAACAGUUCUGUAAAGAGGAAUGGUCAAGAAUUACUCCUGACCGUUGUGCACGUCUGAUCUGCAACUAUAGGAAACGUUUGGUUGAAGUUAUUGCUGCCAAAGGAGGUUCAACCAGUUAUUAAAUCCAAGGGUUCACAUACUUUUUCCACCUGCACUGUGAAUGUUUACAUGGUGUGUUCAAUAAAAACAUGGCAACAUUUCAUUCUUUGUGUGUUAUUAGUUUAAGCAGACUGUGAUUGUCUAUUGUUGUGGCUUAGAUGAUGAUCAGAUCACAUUUUAUGACCAAUUUGUGCAGAAAUCCAUAUCAUUUCAAAGGGUUCACAUACUUUUUCUUGCAACUGUAAAUCUAUAUCAGGAAUUUAAAUAACAGGACUUCUGAAGGAUUAAAGGAACACUAGUGUUGGACUACCUAUUUAGGUGUCCGCCUCUUCAGAAUGGACUAAAAAGGUUUUUAACAUUUUCUCCAUCUGCUCUGGUCUCACCGCGGCUGGACCUGUCUCAAUGGCUAAGAGUGUUGAUCUCAGCCAAUCCAAUGUUUUCCCAUAGGAAAGCAUUAGGAGGCUCUCGCACAUGUGCAGCAAAAUGCAGUGCUGUGCCAAUCAGCAUCUCCUCAUAGAGAUACAUUGAAUCAAUGCAUUUUAUGGGGUGUGUUCAGUGUCACCAUGUAGAGCAUGGAGACGCUGAAUGUAGGUGCAUGGAAAGCACCUCAAGUGGUCAUCUGAGGGACUGUACCUAAAGGAGUUACUAGGCAGCAAUGUGAAAAUAUGUUUAUAUAUGGUUAUAGAAUGAAGGUGAAGAGUAUGUAAGAGUAAAUCCAAAUGGCAAAAUUAAAUCUAAAAUAGCAGAUGUUAAAUUUUUCAAAAUAACCUUAUAUAAACUAGCAAAACAGUAAUGUUUUAAAGUGUCAUUCAUUAUAUAUUUGUAUACAUUUUCUAAAUAAAAUAUAUAUAAAGUUUGCAUAAAAUACUUGUGAAAUUCCUUUAGGCUGGAGGAAAAGCAAGGUUAAUUCUGCAGUAUUCUACUAUAUUCCUCAUGCCAUUAUUCUUUAAUUGGGUGAUGAUUGGGUGAAUAUUGAAGAUUUGCAAGAUAAUGUGGCAGGAUUUCAAUAAAAUGUAUGGAUCUGAAUUGUGUGAAAAUUGUUGAGCCGUUGGCCUUAAAGAGGAACUGUCUGUGGAUUUUACACUAUUGAAUAAAUCAUUGAAAAUCACCUAUAAUGCGCUAUAACCUUUUUCAGGCAAUGCUCCAUUGUCUUUUUAUAUGAAAGGUAAUGCAAAAUGCAUCAUAAUCCAGUUCGAACAAGGCACAGCCAGGGCACACAAAGUAAUUAAUUUCUCCUCUUCUAUAUGCUGAUUGCCAGGUGCAAAGGACAGAGCUUUGAUUGAAUUUGACAUUGAUUAUUAUUCCCACCUCACAAAUAUAUAUUUGUUAAAUGUAGGGAAUAAGUAAACCUAACGUUAAACAUCCUGGGAAUGACAGUCCCCGUUUUAAGCACAAUUUUAGGGAUUGAAAAUGAGAGAAGUGAAAGACUAGUCGUGACUUCUAUUCCGUGAUUCACUGCUUGAAAUAGCACUGCUUAGAGGAGAAGGAGGAUAUCAUGUGGGUUAUUUUACUAAUCUAAAAAUUGCAAUUGUGAUUUGGAUAAUUUAUUUUAAAAUUUAGGUUAGUGUAACUGAUUUAGAAAAAAAUCCCUAAUUCGGCCAUAGUCAUGGCUUUGGUAUUUUAGCCAGAAUUGUAUUAAUCAUUAUUUAAUUCCCUACAAUUUACUGUUGUAGGGAAUUAAAUAAGCCCCCGUUUCCUUAUACUCGGGCAUUGGAGGUCGUUGUCCACAUUGAUAAAAAUAAGACAUUCAGUAAGGAUGAUGACCCUCCAUCUGACGUUAUUGGCUAUUCUUAAAAAAAAAUAAUAGUGCUAUACUUCAAAGACCUUAUUCAAAAAACAGGAAAAUUCUUAAAGGCAAUUUAGCUGUAAUAAGAGUAUAUAUAGAAAUGUUAGGGACAAAAAGAGCCACAGAUUGAAAUAGAUGGAUUACAGGUGGAUUUUCGAGGUAAGUGUUAGUAUUUAUCAUUAACAUGUCUAAUUUUAAACAUGCGAUAUAUUGUUUGCCUUUAAUAGAUCAUUAUGAAAGUCGUAAUAUUAUAUUAUUUUUAUGUCUUUAUGGCUCCAAUAAUGUAUUCAGCGGUUGACACAAUCUUUUAUUGCAAACUCAUGUUUGACAGAGAAAUAAACUGAUACAUAUGCUAAAGGGGGCCGUGUUCCCAAGCUGACAGUGUACAGAUGAGGAUAAUUAUAUAUUCAUUACAGUAUUAUGGUGAUAGAUUGCUGUAGUACUUUGAGAAAGAAAUAUAGCUUUAGGCAAUAACAAAGUUGCAUCCCUGAGGCACAAAGUACUGAAAUGCGUACAAAUCCUCCACCCUACCACAUACUGGGUGAGGAAGGUGGGCUAUUUACUUAGUGCGGGGGAGGCCAUUGGAUCCCCCGCAUACAAUUAGUGGCUUUGCAUAGGAGGAGGUCUGUCAAAGUUUCCCUGUGCAAUAUGGGGGCUUAGAAUGGACUAGAUAUAUAUAUGCAGGUAAAGAGAAUACACAUGAAUAUACAAGGUAAUAGAAAUAUCAGUAAUAAUAUAUUAUUGCUCUUGAGAAAAUUAUUUUCAAGUCAAUAACAAUUCAACUCACCCCUAUCCCCCCACCUCAAUUUCACAUGAACAUGAGUGCUCACUACUUUCUAGCUUCAAGAGAGAAGGCACCUUAUGAACAGGACCAGAUCUGCACCGUCCCACCCUGUUUAAACCAACACCUCUACAGUUCCCAUCUCAUCUCAAAUUCUACAGUUUUAGUAGUUUCAAGUUGCUCCAUAGCCACACAUACCUGUAUCAGUGAAAGUAUUGCAGUAACUAAUUGUCAUUUUCUGCAGUUUAAAAAAACAAAACAGAUUGACAGACCUGCUUUCUCUAUUUUUGAAUAGAAACAUACCUGUAGGCAUCAAUUUGUGGCUUAAAAAGGUGCCAACAUUGCAGGGUUCCAACAUCCCUGAUUGUCACUUCCCCCAGCCUUCACCACAAUCUUCUAUCUUACAAUUGACAACCAAUGAUUUGAAUGGAUCUGAAUAUGUCAUCCUUAAUAACACAGAUUUAAAUUCCAAUGGGUCUUCUUCAGUAAUGACAAACAUAUCAUAAAAGUUAAUGACAUAUUACACAUGUUAGCACAGUUCAUUUAAUUCAACUCCUGCUGAUGGCUCAUAAGAUAGUGAUCAAGAUUCUAUAAAGAAUUCCUACGUUUUGUAUGCUGUGAGGGUACAAGAUGCCAGAUUUGGUGGCAAUCUACCUCAGGUUAAAGAAAGUUUUGACUUGGUGCCCCCACCAGCCAGUAACUGUAAAAGUCCUCCUUUAAACAUCUUAGUUGUUAGCAUAAUCAUCACCUCCAAUGCAACACCCAUUGCAAAAUCCAAAGACAACACUGUGUUUAUUCCCUCAGAUGGUGCCACCUUCUAGGUUAUUCUAUCCAUUCUACAACAAUAAGGAAGAAAUGUUUCUGGUUUUUAUAGAGUUCAAAUAAUCCCUCUAGUUCAUUAUAAAUACUAGUACCCAUUUUAAUUGUUUUGCUCCAAAGAUACAUUGUUAUAGGUAAAUGGAUAGAUGAAUAAUCAGAUAGAUAGAUAGACAGAUUUAUAGAUAGAUAGCCUGGACAUGACUCUGAGUGCUCUUGAUGAAUAGGUCAAUUUAUUGAGCAUGCAGCAAUAUAGACAAUACUGGGCAGUUACUAAUGAACUCUCCUGAGAUGUAGACUUUAUAGUUCUGGUAUUGUACAAGGGGUGUGGACCAUCCCCAGAUCAUAUCUACUAAUAUAGUUAAGAACUGUAAGUUUCUAGUUAACAAUAUCUAUUUCUAGGCAAAAAAGGUUAAAUGCAGAAGAAAGCUAAAAACAGCAGUCCUUUGGUCUGGACUUAUGGCCAUAGCAACACCUCCUGGCAAAACACAGAGUGAGACAGGUGUCUGUCAAAGAAAAGACACUCUAAUGGUCCCCCUCCCACAUUCUCCACCAAAUCUGAAUCUAAAACAGUUCUUGAGUGCAGUUCUGAUACAGAUAUUAAAUUAAUGCAGGCACAGAAAAUGGCGUUGGUACAGUUCAUAACAGGAUGAUGGUAGGUAAAGAGCAAUUUUCCGUUCACAAAAGGUUCCCAUGGGAACAGAGAGAUAAGUAUGUGAUUAUUUGCUGGCAGGAUACAUAGUAAAUUAACUUAUGGGUUUUAAUGUGCAAUUGAAUUAAUUUUCUUAAUGCAAAUCACACUGUCGCGGUUUGUGGUUUAAAUACUGAAAAAGAGAAUAUUAUCUUCAUUUGGUUGCCUAGUAACUGCUUGCAGUGUUAUUCCGAGCAGAUCUCCUUGUACAAGACGGAAUGUCAUCUAACGGGUCUGGGUGGGAUUGCAGUACAUUGCAGAAUAAAAGAACAAUGGGUGAGAGGAAUUAUGCAACCAUGUCCAUGCUAUCACAUUUUAUAGCCACAGACAAUGAAGGACAAAGUGGCUUGUUCAAGGUCAAAACACCAUUGAUAUGCUACGCUAUCCUUUUCAGAUUAGGAACUGUCAUCCUCUGGUAUUUUGACAGUUCUGGAUAUGCAUUCACAUAAUCCUCUAAAGUCUUCCAGACUGAUUAAGGAUGAUGGGAAUUUUCUUCCAGAACAGUAAGGGAGGUAUAUGUAUUCCUUGUCUGCUUAGCAGUCUAACAAUUUAUAGUUGCUAAAAACCAAAAGAGGGGCAAAGGUUUAAAAAUAAUUUCAGGAAGUAUUACUUUACAGAGAGGAUAGUGGAUGCAUGGAAUAGCCUUCCAGCUGAAGUGGUAGAGGUUAACACACUGACGGAGUUUAAGCAUGCGUGGGAUAGGCAUAAGGUUAUCCUAGCUAUAAGAUAAGGUCAGGGACUAAUGAAAGUAUUUUGAAAAUUGGGCAGACUAGAUGGGCCAAACAAUUCUUAUCUGCCGUCACAUUGUAUGUUUCUAUGUUAAUUUGCUAAACCAUGAAAUGCAAUGAAUUAAAAACCUAAAAGUUUAGGCCACAAUUGAUAGGUUAGAAAAUUUUCCAAAUAAGCUGCAAUUCCUGCUUGUAUUUUUUGACCCUUGUUUUCCAAUUCAGGUUUUCAUUGCAGAAAAAAGCAAAAAAACUUUCAUGUUUAGUAACUGUUAACUACCAUUUGUAUCCAUUUCUCUAUAUUCUUUAAUUGCUUGCUUUAUCUUUACGUCUUUAUGUUGCUUGUUCCAGUAAGGUUAUUAUAAUUAAUUAUUACCCUGAUUUAUGUGUUAAUUGUGACAUUUAUAGAGAAGUAAUGAAAUCUAAAAAGAAAAAAUAAUAGCAACAUCUGUAAGUUAAAAAUAAUAAUAAUUGCAAUUAACUGGCAUUACUCACUAAACUCCGAAAUUUAGUGAAUUAACAUCUAAUGGGAAAAUGUAAUCUAAAAUAGCCAAACUGUGUCCAAAAUUGAGAAGGAGAAUUUUUCAAAAUCAAAUAUUUAUUCCUAUAUUAUGCAACUGAGAUUGAAUUUACUAAAUUAAGUGUUUAAUGAAUAACGCUCACAGAGUCAAAUGAGUACUAUUGCAUGUCACUAGGUCCCAUUGCUAAAAAAAAAAAACAGUGGUACCUGGUGAUGUGUAGUAGUCCUUAUUUGACCAUUUAGUAAUAUUAAUUCAGCUUUCAGUAGGGAAGGUUGUUAGACAGGCUAAUGUUUCUUAUUCAGCCAGUUCCAGGAGAUGAUAAGGGUUUUAUUGUCUUUUCUGUUGGAGUUAUCAACAGGAGACCAACUGAACGUGCUCCUAUAAUUAAUCAUACAUCACUACACCACAUAUCUGUCUGCUAGGUCCAUAAACCUUGCCAACAGGCUGUAAUAGCAUUGACUCAUCCUGAACUGCUUGCCAGUAGCAGAUUGCUGGAGUGGAAUCUGUCUGAUCAAGUUAAUAAGAAUUUACCACUCCAUUAAAUGAUGGGGAAUCAUUUCACUUGCAUGGCUGGAUUCCUAGCAACCCCCCCUUUUUAUGUGAUGUCUCAUGUUACUUUAAGCACGUCCCCUGUAAGCUGAUACCAUAAAUAAUGCUUCCCCUGGCCUAACAGUCAUUUGAAGGAUAUCUUUUAGCCAGUGUUCCAUUUGAAAGCUAAGGAUUCCAACAUGUUGAACGGUGACAUGACCAUGCCUUUGACUUGUUCUCAUUGUAACAAUGUAGGUUUCCUGCAGAGGAACAACAGUUUGGAGGACAAGAGCAGAAUUGUGAGUUCUUUCAAAGAGAGACAGUCUUCCAAGAACGUUCUGGUCUGCGAGAAUAUCGAUAAAGACUCCAGGUUUCGUCGCGCUGAGACAGAUUUCUCCAAUCUGUAUGCCAGAGGUGAGGAUUCACAAGUUAUCCUUUCUUUAAUUCUGUACGUUAAGUAAAUGUACCUUAAAAAGUAUUUGAGAAAGAAAACUCAACUAGCAGGGUUACUCCAUAUAAUAUUCAAAUUGUAGGUUAAAACAGCUGAAAUGAGGAAUAAUAUCCAUGUCAGCUCAGCUACUUUGGCAUAAAAUUUGAAAUUUUCUUUGUAUUCUUGACAGUUGACAUUGUAGUGAACAACAUACUAACUAUAGCAAAGUCAAUGUGUUAGAUAUCUCAAACCUGUUAUACAUUAGCUCUAUGUGACAUGUAUCGGAGGUCUAUUCAUUAAAUAGUAACAUGUGCCAUGUUGGCCAAAAGUGCAAAACAAUAUUUAUAAAAUCUCCAACUCGGCUAAAUUUAAUAUUUUAGUUGAACCUCCUAUUUGACCUGCAUUCUGCAAUAGGUUGUUUAGUUAACAUAUUCUUAAUGUAUCUGUGCAGGAGUAUUGUACUUUACUUCUAUAUAGCAUCAUCUACAGAAUUAUUCAAAACAGCUGAUAUAUUAAAUCUGACCAGCAGCUACGCUCUUUCUAAUACUAACAGGAACUGCACAAAGGUGUGGAAAAAGUUUAAAGUUAACUACAGAAGGAAAUCACAGGGAAAAGGUCUUAUGCUUUUAAUACAAGUCUUAUAUACACAGAAGAGAACAGCCAGAUAUACAAGUCAGUCCCAGUUUAGUAAAGAUUGAAAAAUUUAAAAUAAUGCAAUGCAAUUGCCAAUCUAUAGACAGUUACUAAACGUCACAUCAGUAAUCACUUAACAGGCAACCAUCGUUAAACAGACAAUCAGCACAAUAGCCGGGACUGUACAAUUAUGAAGGUGGUAGCACGGAAUAUUUUAAACACUAUAUAGAAUCAUUCACCUUAUUCAACAAAGCAUGACAUUGCCUCUCAUUACAGUUGUAUAAUCUUCUUGUUUGGAAAUGCGUGAGAAAAUAUCUAAACUUUAUUAGGUGUAGUACACGGUUGACAAGAUAUAUGGACGUUAGACUUGAAACAUGAAUUUACUUGUAAGGAAUGCUCUGACUCUGACUGAUCUAGAAAUGAUGUAUGCAUGUAUCAGGAGAGGUACAGAUGUUCAAAGUGGAGGAAUUUCCUUCACGUUUGGAACUUUGCAAAGAGACACGUUAAAUAAGAUGGCAUUACACUGGCAAUAAAAUAUUAUCACUUAUUGCAUAAAAAAGAAAAUAAGAAAUAGCUGUAUAAUGCUUAAUCUUAGUAACACGGCCAAGACUGGGAGCCAGAGAUCAGACAGAGAAAAAUGGCUGAUUCCAAAUGAGCAGCUACUACAACUGUCAAAGUGAUGUGUGAUAGCACGCUUAAGAUUUUGUCUAGACAAUUUGUAUUCUCGAACCUCAGUCAUAUAUAAAUAUCCUAAUAUCUGGCAGACACCCACUAUGUGGUGAUCUGUCAACCGCUCGGAGGUUUCAAGGCAGGUUGCUAAUAGCUGUUUUGCUUCGUAGAUUUACUGCCUGCCAAGAAUGGAGAGGAAUCUACCAUGCAAUUCUUGCUCGAAGUGGUGGACAUACUACUGAACUACGUGAAGAAAACAUUUGACAGAUCCACCAAAGUACUUGACUUUCACCAUCCGCACCAGCUUCUGGAAGGAAUCGAAGGUUUCAAUUUGGAGCUGUCUGACAAUCCUGAGUCCUUGGAGCAGAUUCUAGUGGACUGUAGGGAUACACUCAAGUAUGGCGUGCGGACAGGUAAUUUAUUUAUUUAUAAAAUAUUUUACCAGGAUGGAUACAUUGAGAUUUCUCUAGUUUUCAAGUAUGUCCUGGGUCUUUGUCCACAAAACAUUGCAUUGUUACAAUAGGAUACAAUAUUACAAAAAUACAACAUACAAACUAUAUAUAUACAUACACACAUAGAUAAAUUUAACAUUAUUUAUUUAUUUAUAAAAUAUUUUACCAGUAAAGAUACAUUGAGAUUUCUCUCGUUUUCAGGUAUGUCCUGGGUCCACAAAUCAUUGCAUUGUUACAUUAGGUACAACAAAAUACAAAAACAAUAUUAAUACACAAUAUAUACAAAAUUUAACAUAGAACAGGCAGGAAAUAUAUAAUCAACCAUGACACGUGCAUUCUGUUUUGAGGUAUGUAGAGAGGGAUCUCUUAAAUGACUUUAGGCUUAGGGAAGAUUUUAAAUUGUGCAGGAGGUCGUUCCACAAUUGCGGUGCUCUAUAGGAGAAGGAGGAUCGGGCCGCUUUCUUUUUGUAUUGAGGUAGACUAAGUAAAGUACUUGUACUGGAUCGGAGCUUAUAGAAAGUGGGAACAGCUGGGGAAAGCAUUUUGUUCAGGUAGGGUGCGAGUUUCCCAGAAAAGCUCUUAAAAACAAAGCUGAAGGGUGCGUCUGGAUUCCAGCGAUAGCCAAUUUAGUUCUUUUAGCAUGUCACAAUGAUGGGUCCUGUAAUUACAUUGUAGCACAAAUCGGCAGAACGAGUUAUACAAUGUGUUGAGUUUAUUAAUGUGGGAUUGCGAUGCAGAUGCAUAUACUACAUCCCCAUAAUCAAUGAUUGGCAUCAGUAUUUGCUGUACAAUCUUUUCCUUUACUGUAGGGCUUAGGCAGGCUUUGUUUCUGUACAGGGCACCUAAUUUUGGAUAAAGUUUAGAUGCAAGCUUUUCUAUGUGCAGGCCAAAAGAUAGAUUGGGGUCUAAUAUCAUACCCAAGUAUUUGAAAGAGUGGACUGCGGUCAGUGUGCCAUUUGAAUUUGUUUUGAUGGAUAGGUGGGAAUUGUGUAAUUUGUGUAAUUUAGGUACUGUUCCAAAGAUCAUUGUGACAGUUUUGUCAGUGUUCAGGAAGAGUUUGUUUUUUGCGAUCCACUUUUCUACCUCUGUAAACUGGUCUUGGAGCACAGCCUCACGUUGCGGUAGAUUGGAUUUGCUCGCAUAGAUUACCGUGUCAUCUGCGUACAUGUGUACAUUUGAGGAUUGGCAGACAUUAGGCAGAUCAUUUAUAAAUAAUGUAAAUAGUAGGGGGCCGAGAAUGGAACCCUGGGGAACACCACACGUGACUGGGAGAGGGAGGGAGUCACUGUCAGAAAUGGACACAUAUUGCGAGCGAUCCGAUACAUACGAUCGAAACCAGUUUAGAGAAUGAUCACCAAUACCUGAUUUUUUGAGUUUGUGCAGUAGAAUGUCGUGGUCUACUGUGUCAAAGGCCUUAGCAAAAUCAAGGAAAAUAGCUCCAGUUAGGGCUCCUUGUUCCAUGCCAGUUUGGAUGUCAUUGCAAACUUUUAGGAGGGCAGUUGUAGUGGAGUGAUUCUGGCGAAAGCCCGAUUGAUCAGGGGUCAGAUAGUUUAAUUGUUGGUAGUACUCACAAAGUUGCGUAUGGACAAAUUUUUCUAAGAUUUUUGACAAUACCGGGAGCAAUGAUAUUGGGCGAUAGUUAGAAACCAAAGUAGUGUCCCCACUUUUAUGGAUAGGCACUACUCUCGCAGUCUUCCAAAGUUUGGGUAUGUAUCCAGACACCAAGGAUUCGUUAAUUAGAGUUGAGACGGCUUUAGCAAUUGCCGGCGCACUGAGCUUCAACAGCAUUGCUGGGAUUUGAUCAGGUCCGGACUGGUUUUUCAUUUUUAGAUUAUUAAGAUGUUUUUUAAUGACACUAACAGGUACAGGUCUAAAAAUAAACUUGUCUAUAUUGGGCCUUUGCAAAUUUAGUGUGACUUGCAGGGACGUAUUAACCGCGAGGCAAACAAGGCAUUUGCCUUGGGCGGCAUUUGCCCAGGGCAGAUGCCUUGUUAGCCUUGCGGCUGACAUCCCGGGCGGCCGGCGAGGGAGUACUUCCCAUGAGCUGACUGCUCAGCUCCCUCGCGCACCGCAAAGUGAGGCUGGGAGCCGGAAGAUGACGUCAUCUUCCGGUUCCCAGCCUCACUCUGCAGCCGACGCGCGAGGGAGCUGAGCAGUCAGCUCAUGGGAAGUACUCCCUCGCCGGCGCCUGCCAGCGCCGCCCGCCCUGCAGCCACUGGACCACCAGGGAGAGAGACCCCCCACCCCCCAACACUCCCAAAGGUAAGGAGGUUGGGGGGGGAUUUAAAUUAAAAAAAAAGUUAAUGUGUGUGUGUGUUUGUGUCUGUGUUUGUGUCUGUGUAUGUGUCUGACUGUGUGUGUGUGUGUUUGUGUCUGACUGUGUUUGUGUCUGUGUAUGUGUCUGACUGUGUGUGUGUAUCUGACUGUGUGUGUGUAUGUGACUGUGUGUGUCUGUGUGUGUUUGUGUGUGUGUUUGUGUCUGACUGUGUGUGUCUGACUGUGUGUGUGUGUUUGUGUCUGACUGUGUAUGUGUGUGUGUGUGUGUCUGACUGUGUGUGUGUUUGUGUCUGACUGUGUCUGUGUAUGUGUCUGACUGUGUGUGUGUGUGUUUGUGUAUGUGUCUGACUGUGUGUGUUUGUGUAUGUGUCUGACUGUGUGUGUGUGUAUUUAGAAGGUGGGGCGGGGGGAAGGGUUGGGUGGGGGUGGCGCGGGGGGGAGGGGGGCGCCUGAGUUUUGUCCUGCCUAGGGCAGCACAAAACCAGGAUACACCACUGGUGACCUGAUCCACACCAUAUAACAGGUGAUUAAUAUAUUCAACCAUGACAGGUGCAUUCUGUGCUGAGGUAUAUUGCCAUAGAUCUCUUAAAAGAUUUUAGAUUAAAUGAAGAUUUGACUGUGUCCCUGAGGUUAUUCCAUAAUUGUUUGCUGCGUAUGCGCUGUGCAAACAGUAGUCGUCUAUAUACAGUGAGAGUCUUUCUUGUAGCUCAUCUGUGAUGGAAUGCAACGUACAUGGUUUACACUAGCAUACAGUACGAGUACACACACGCAUACACAUGCAGAUGAGCAGAGGUAGAAGUCAAUCACGCUGACACUAGAACACAUGUACUCACAAAGGUAAUAAAACAAGAAAAUCAUACCACAUACUACACGCAAACACUGCACACAUAUAGAAACGGUACAAGCACAAUUAAAACAAGGAAUAGCAAAAGUGAAUGCUCAAAAAAAAAAAAAACAUGGCGGAUUCUGUAGUUCCUGAUACCUACCAUUAUGUUGUUACAGGAACAAUAGAAGUUAAGUAUAAAAAGUGUCUGUUCUGAAUAGUGGUACCGACAUGGAAAAGGGGAGGAGUCACCAGAGCAAUAUGUCUGCUGGUUUAUCUGGUUUCCAUGGUGACUGCCCACUUCUAGCCUACCUAUUUAUACAUAACUCCCAAUAUAUGCUCUUAGGUCGGGCAGCACUCUACUCUCUCCUCCAGUUCUGCUUCACUCACAGCCUAUUUGAAUGAUAUUUCCUGUCCUAUUGUGUUUUAUACCCCACUUCCUAUAGACUGUAAGCUCGUUUAAGCAGGGUCCUCUUCAACCUAUCACUCCUGUAAGUUUUCUUGUAAUUGUCCUAUUUAUAGUUAAAUCCCCCCUCUCUUAUAAUAUUGUAAAGCGCUACUGAAUCUGUUGGCGCUAUAUAAAUGGCAAUAAUAAUAAUAAUAAAACCAAACUGUAUUUGCGGAGUAUUGCAUGCAUAUACAUUCACACAUGUAAACAAACCAGUUGUUUGCAAAAAAACAAGCGUAAAAUGCACACACUAAAAAAAGGGGGGAAUACUUCCUGCAGAGUGCUAAAGAAAGGGAGGGCCAAUCCCUGAAGACAUCAAAUGGUAAAAAAAAGAUUUAUCCAGGAACACCUUAGGUUUCUUCUAUUAUUAUUAUAUUUAUAUAGCGGCAACAAAUUCCAUAGUGCUGUACAAUGGGUGGACUAACAAACAGGUAAUUGUAACCAGACAAGUUUGACGGACAGGAACAGAGGGGUUGAGGACCCUGCUCAGUCAUCUUACAUGCUAGAGGGAGUGGGGUAAAGUGACACAAAAGGUAAGGCAAGUAUUAGGGAAGUAGAUUGGUAGAAUAGUAUUCAAUGAAGACUUUGUGUGUUUUUUUUUUUUGUAGCCAUUAACAGUUUAAUUGAUACACUUUUGUGAAAAAGUGAGGUUUUAAUGAUUUUUUUGAAGGAGUGGAGACUUGGUGAGCGUCUAACGGAAAAAGGAAGGGAGUUCCACAGGAACGGUGCAGAUCUAGAGAAAUCUUGAAGGCGAGCAUCAGAGGUGGGAGUAUGAACAGAGGAUAGACGUAGGUCUUCGCCAGACCGUAGGGGCCUAGACGGGACAUACUUGUGUAUUAGGGAGGAUAAAUAGGUUGGAGCAGCAUUAUGUAGAGAUUUGAAAGCAAGAACCAGAAUUUUUUAUUGAGCCCUAUAUCUUACGGGAAUCCAGUGCAGGGACUGACAGAGGGAUGAGGCAUGGGAGCUGCGGCUGGACAGGUAGAUGAGCCUCACCGCCGAAUUCAUUAUAGACUGCAAUGGGGCAAGUUGGCAUCACGUAAGACCACUGCAGUAGUCAACACGAGAGAGGACAGUGGCAUGGUCCAGCACCUAAGCCGCAUCUGGCAUUGAGUAGGGGCGGAUGUGCGCAAUGUUUUUGAGAUAGAAGCGGCAGGAUUUGGCAAUCGACUGGACAUGAGGGGUGAAGGAGGGGUCGGAGUCAGAGAGAACACCUAGGCAGCGAGCCUGCGUGGUGGAGCUGAUGGUAGCACCAGUAACGUGGAGGGAGACAGAGACGGGAGUAGCAACACUUGAGGGAGGAAAGACCAGAAGUUCUGUUUUGGACAAGUUAAGUUUAAGGAAGUGGGCAGCCAUUCAGUUAGAAAUAGCGGAUAGGCAAUCAGAGACACUAGUCAAGAGGGGCAGGGAGAGAUUGGGGGAGGACAGAUAGAUUUGUAUGUUAUCUGCAUAGAAGUGAUAUUGGAAGCCAAAGGAGCUGAUGAGUUUACCAAGGGAGGCAGUAUAGAUGGAGAACAGUAGGGGACCAAGGAUUGAACAUUGGGCGGCACCAGCAGACAGAGGUUGGGAGGAAGAGGCAGAGCCAGAGAAAGAAACACUAAAAGAGUGCUGAGUGAGGUAGGAGGAGCACCAGGAGAGAGCAAUAUCUCGUAGACUGAGAUUAUGCAGAAUGAGAAGAAAUUGUUGAUGAUCAACAGUAUCAAAAGCAGCGGAAAGAUCAAGGUGUAUUAGGAUAGAGUAGUGACCCUGAGAUUUUGCAGUGAGUAGAUCAUUUGAUACUUUGGUAAGAGUCGAGCGCAGAAACCAGACUGAAGUGGGUUGAGCAGAGAAUUGGACUUGAGGAAGUCUGUCAAUCUCACAUACACAAGUCUUUCAAGGAUCUUGGAUGCAAAAGGCAGUAGCGAGAUAGGGUGGUAGUUGGAUGGGGAGUUAGGGUCAAGGUUGGGCUUUUUUAGAAUCGGGGUUACAGUCGCAUGUUUAAAGGAUAAUGGAAAUAUACCAGAUGAGAUGGAGAGAUUGAGAAUUUUAGUGAGAGGUAAAGCAAGAAAAGGAGACAGAGUACAGAUGAGAUGCGAGGGAAUAGGAUCAAGGGAGCAGGUGAUGUGGCAGGAGGACCGGAGUAGAUCAGAAACCUCUUCCGCUGUAGCGGGUGCGAAUGAACAUAGAACAGCGGAGGGAGGGAGGUUGGGGGAAGUACUGUAAGAGGAAGGAGAUAGAUGAGAGAAGUGAGUGGUAGGAGGGGAAGGAGCAACAGGGCGAAGAAGAGAGUUAAAAGUGUGAAAUAGUUGUUUUGGUUCGAGGGAGAGUAUGGUUAUGAGGGUAUUGAAGUAAUUUAAUUUUGCAAAGGAAAGAGCCAAGCUGUAAGAGCGCAGCAUAAAUUUAUAGUGGAGAAAGUGAGAUGAGUAGUGAGACUGAUUUUAUAAUUCGGAUGUGACGGCAAUAGUAGCCACAGAGAAACACAGAAAGUCACUGAUAUCCAUAGAAUACAGCAACUUGCUAUUACACUCUACUUGGCUUUCACUAUCUCUCUACCUGGCUAUUGCUAUUCAUCUCUAUUUUCUGGCUAUCAUUAUCUCUGUUUCUCUCCCUUGAUCUGGCUAUCAAUAUCUCCCUAUGUGGCUAUCACUAUCUCUCUACGUGGCUAUCACUAUCUUUACAUCUGGCUAUCACUAACUCUCUAUCUGACUAUCACUAUCUCUCUAUCUGGCUAUCACUAUCUCUCUAUCUGACUAUCACUAUCUCUCUAUCUGGCUAUCACUAUCUCUCUAUCUGGCUAUCAAUAACUCUCUAUCUGGCUAUCAAUAACUCUCUAUCUGACUAUCACAAUCUAUCUGACUAUCACUACCUCUCUAUCCAGCUAUCACUUUCUAUCUGUCUGGCUAUCACUUUCUCUCUAUCUGACUAUCACUAUCUCUCUCUAUAUGGCUAUCACUAACUCUCUAUAUCUGGCUAUCACUAUCUCUCUAUCUGGCUAUCGCUAUCUCCCUAUUUGGCUAUCACUAACUCUCUAUCUGACUAUCACUAUCUGUCUGACUAUCACUAUGUCUAUCUGGCUAUCGCUUUCUCUCUCUAUCUGGCUAUCACUAUCUCUCUAUCUAUCACUAUGUCUAUCUGGCUAUCACUAUCUCUCUAUAUCUGGCUAUCACUAUCUCUCUAGCUGACUAUCAUUAUCUCUCUAUCUGGCUAUCAAUAACUCUCUAUCUGGCUAUCACUAUAUCUCUAUCUGGCUAUCAAUAACUCUCUAUCUGACUAUCACUAGCUUUCUCUCUUUAUCUAUCACUAUCUCUCUAUCUGGCUAUCAAUAACUCUCUAUCUGACUAUCACUAGCUUUCUCUCUUUAUCUAUCACUAUCUCUCUAUCUGGCUAUCACUAUCUGACUAUCACUAUCUCUCUCCAGCUGAUUAUCGUUAUCUCUCUAUCUGACUAUCACUAUCUCCCUAUUUGGCCAUCACUAUCUCUCUAUCUGGCUAUCACUAGCUCCCUAUUUGGCUAUCACUAUCUCUCUAUCUGACUAUCACUAUCUGUCUAUCUGACUAUCACUAUGUCUAUCUGGCUAUCGCUUUCUCUCUCUAUCUGACUAUCACUAUCUCUCUAUCUGGCUAUUAGUAUCCCUCUAUCUGGCUAUCACUAUCUCUCUAUCUGGCUAAUGAGAUUUCCUCCCUAUCUGCUCUUACUAUCUCUCUGUUUUAUAUAGAUAUUACUGUCUAUCUGUCUCUCCCCAUCUCACUUCUAUUAAGUUAUAAUAUCUUUAUAUAUGUACAGUAAUCGAGUCUAGUUCUAGACAUCUUUCACGUUAACAUUUUGCUAAAAAGAUUGCCAUUCUCAUAAAACACAAACCUGUAAGAAUCCCAGGGGAAAGAUAUCAUUAGCCUGAAUGGCAGCGGAUUCAAAGUGAUUCUACUUUCAGUACACCAGAGGCAUGGAUAUAAAGGCUAUCAGUGGGACAUCAAGCAUUCACUUUCAUUAGAAGUUCACUAGAAAUACAGUCAUGUGUUUCAUUUCACACUUUAUGGAUAAUCUACCGCAGCUAUACACAUAAUGUCUAGUCUAGUACAUCUUAAUGAAAACCGUCUCAAUAUGCUAAAUUCUGGUCCAACAUGAUGAAUAUUUUAACAGGGAUUAUUCCUACAGGGAGCUAGAAUUGCUAUAUAGUCGUUUUGUGUUUACAAAAUGGAAACAUCUAUCAAUGAGCUUUUACUUCUGAAACAAAAAAAAAACUAUUAUUCAAAAACUACAGUAAGAGGAAAAUCCAUCCAUUUAUGGAAAUAAGCAAGGUGAAAAAAAGUUAUCUUAUCUAAUAUACAUUUCUAGUCUAGACAAAGCAACCAGAUAUAUUUCAUGCGACUUAUCAGAAAAAUGAACUUAGUGUGCUAUAAAAGCUAUGAUAAAUAUUGUGUAUCUUUAUUUUCUUGCUGACGCGUUUAAUGUAAAAAAACGAAAAUAGUGAACAUAUAGCGCCUCUAUCAUGACAAAUAUAGAAAAAAAUGGGCAAUCAAAAUGUAGCUUGCGCAUGAAAAGAACACGUUGGUAUGUAUUUUACUAUUUGAUCAGCAAAGACUGCACUAUGAUUGCAAAUGUAACGAUUACACUUGGAGGAAAGUGGUAUAUUUUACAUCAACUUCCAAUUAUUAUUAUUAUUGGCAUUUAUAUAGCGCCAACAAAUUCCAUAGCGCUUUACAAUAUUAUUGGACGGGAAGAUUUCACAAUAAGUGAGACAAUUACAAAAACUUACAGGAGCGAUAGGUUGAAGAGGACCCUGCUCAAACAAGCUUACUGUCUAGAGGAGGUGGGGUAUAAAACACAAUAGGACAGGAGAUAGCAAUCAAACAAGAUGGGAGUGAGGAUCUAUGUAAUAAAAUGUAUGGCUUAAGGAUACGCGAUCUUGCUAUAUGGAUAAUGUUUAACUAUACUUUCCAUAAAUGUCUCUCUUUCUGAUCUAAUUAUAGAAUAAUGGGCGGUUUAUUCGUUUCGUAGAUAUAUUGAUGAUAUGACAAUGUGUUAACGUGGGCUUCUUCUUAAUCUAAUUGUAUCUGAUAGGACGUGUUAGUAUUAUAAGAACAGUUCAGAUGAAAAGUAGAGUUGGGAAACUCUCAAAAUAGUGAUAUAAGGAAAGUAUAUGCAUCAAAAAUAAGUAUUUUUGUGAUUUAUUUUAUUUUGAGUAUGGUUGUGCAUUUCUUAUAUUUAUUACUAAUUCUUUAUUUGAUUUAGAAAUUACUAUUGGUGCUCAAUGCACAAAUACUAGUAAUUAUUUGUUAGUGUGUUGCACAUGUACAUCACAUUAUUUCUUAAACAGAACCUGUCUUCAAAAAACAAAAUCACAUUUACAUUUAGAAUGUUAUAGAUGUAAUCUAUAUACUAUGCUGGAGAAAUUGUCAGGUGAGUGGUUCUCAUUACCGUGGUAGGAUCCGAAACGGAGUCCCCAUGUUUUUUUCAGUGGAUCCCUUUUGGUUGUGUAGGUAUAUGUUAGAUUUAUCAGGUGUAUAAUGGCAAUUUUAGUCCGAUCUGGAAUGAUUAAGAACCACUGAGUUAGACAGACCAACUCCCAUUGGAAUUGUAAAGUUAACUUGACUGCUGAAGUUCGCAGAUGUCAGUGUAUGAAAGGAUCCUAAACAAGUUCAGACCUCACAGACAUCCUGUUUGGAAGUGAAAUAUUUUUGUUCGAGCAAUGCAAUGUCUGGACCAGGGUGGGUUUCUUUUUACAAAACAUUUAGUCACCAACAUUCCCUUCGAUACAGUAUUGAUGCAAUUCUAUCUAGGGUAGUAGCUGGUUUACGAACCGAGUCCUUAAGUCCAACAGUUGAAGUUUUGUCAGUAACUCCACUGGAACAGAAAUGCCAAUCUCCUGGACUUUUGGUGUGUCUUAAAUACUGAUUUUGGCACCACAUCUCUAGGGUUUACUUAAAGGACCACUAUAGUGCCAGGUAAACAAACUUGUUUUCCUGGCACUAUAGGGUUAUUAGGUCCCCCCCACCCUCAGGGGGGGACCCUCACGAUAGGCUAACGGGGUUAAAACCCCUUCAGGCACUUACCUUAAUCCAGCGCCGGGCUCCCUCAGUGUUGGUGACCUCUCCUCCCCCUCUGAUGUCAGCUCCCGUCGCGGAAGCGCCUCUAGCGUCUGUCAGGAAGACUGCCACUAGAGGCUGGAUUAACCCUGCAAUGUAAACAUAGCAGUUUCUCUGAAACUGCUAUGUUAUCUGAAACUGCUAUGUUUACAGCUGCAGGGUUAAAACCUGGGGGACCUGGCACCCAGACCAUUUCAUUGAGCUGAAGUGGUCUGGGAGACUAGAGUGGUCGUUUAAUAUUAGGCUUUAUAAUCAGUUUAAUAUAAGCUAGUUCCACCUUUAUCCUAUAAUGUUUAAAGAAAUAUAUACACAUAUAUAGCUUGAAUGCUUUGUCUUAAAAUAAGGCUAGAUAACAAAUGUGUCAAUUUGUUUCAGGUCACCCUCGAUUCUUUAACCAGCUUUCAACUGGACUGGAUAUUAUUGGAUUGGCUGGGGAAUGGCUAACAUCAACAGCUAACACAAAUAUGUAAGCACUGUAACACUAUGUUAUUUUCUGUUUGUAAUGUUCCAUUGUCCAUAAAACAGAAGUGGUGUAGAGAUAUAAUGACAGACGGUGCUCCAUCUAGACCGAUGUUUAUAUCACCACCAGCAGUCUUAUUUUGGUAGGCAUCCUUCAGCAAUCAAGAUGUUGUGGACUACAUGUUGACUACAAGAACAUUAUGGGACAUGCAGUUCACCCAAUGUGGAGUGCUGUAGGUUGUCUACCUCCUGGUAUAACAUAUUCUCUGCCUCAGAGAUCCCAAACUUCCCCAUAUUUCCUUUUUUUGUCACUUACAUAUAGGGUUCAUGCCCAUCCUGCUCAGAGACCAGACGCUAUUUUUUCUCCCACCUCUUCUUUAAGUUCUUCCCCAUGUCCCAUACUUCAUCGCUGCACGUUUGUUGUAUGACAGUUUCGCUGUGAAAGAACAAUACAUUGCAGUUACUGGUUAAGUUGUGAUAAAACACUUAGGAGAUGAACAGUCCCGUGACUGCUCAGCCAGUGAAUUGUUCUAAAAUAUAGAUGAAAUUGAUACAAGCAAGCAGGAGGCCAGAAUAUGGGUGCCUUGAUCCCUUUGGUUUUGGUCAAACUACUCAAAAACAUCUUGACUAGGAAAUAGGGACAGCAGCCACAGCGUGAUGGCAUUUUAACCACUACAUUGGCAUGUAGUUAUUAUGGUGCCUAUCCUGCUCAUUUUAUUGAGCAGUAUGAUUGGCAGGAUAUGGAAGGUGAAAGAAAGCCAGAAAAUACUAUAGCAUUUUUUUGUAUCUGCACUUCGGAGAAGAAGAAGGCCUCCCAUUUUACAUCAAAUAGUUCUUAUUUUCCAAGUUUUCUGUUCAUUUAGUUAUGCAAGAGAGGCUUAUGUAGUAAUGUCACAAAGAAAUGUAAAAAAAAACAAUUUUGUGAAACAGAUCAUUUUUUCAUGGACUUCCAUUAUAGAUCAUCUGUUAGCAUGAAUCUAAAUAUCGCCUCUUCAUUUAUGGAUUUUAACGCAGCUUUCAAACUGGUUUUAACCAAAUAAGGAGAGUUUUCUUAAAAUCAGCUGACGGGCAUUGUAAUGUUAUGUUUCAUGAUACGUUGUUAAAUAAAGAUAUUAAUAUAUAUAUCAGCUCUCUUAUUAGAUUCCAAAUUGUAGUGAAUCUGGAAACAAAAUUUAGGCUAAUUUCGAAAUGUUCUCCAAUCUAGCUACAGAAAAAGCUUGCCUAUUUUAUUCUUAAUGUUGCCUUUCAUAUUAAUCCCGCUGAGUAAAUGUCAAAAGUCUUUCACCAUAGCCAUCCAGAUUAAGACAGAUAAUGUCACCCUACUACAUAUGGCCCAAGAUUGAUCACACCACCUUAUCCGGAGUGAUCUCUUUAUUAACCGUGGUGGCUUAAGAUCUUAACAUCUGCAAAUUAAAUAAAUUUAAAAAAACAGAUUGGUCAGCUUUUGAAUCGAAGUUUCAUAAACUCUAUCAUUGAAUUUGACAGAAAAAAUAGUAUUGUACUAUGCAAAUAAAUGUCCAGCAAAUGCAGUCAUUCAAACAAAACUGCUGUUGGCUAUUUUAAAUUGUAUAUUGAUCUAUGCUCCAUCAGAAAGAAAAAUUGAUUCAAUCAGAAUUUAAGGCACAUGAACUUCUUGUCUGUUCUAACAAGGUGUGCUAAUGAAAAUAACUAGGAGCAUAGACUUUAAAUCCAAAGUUAGGUGCGUUUAGCCCCAAAAAAUCAUACAUAUUUAGUAGAACUUGAAAAAUUCUGGAUUGCUUAAUUUUGAAAAAUCUGCAGACACUUUCUAACGCUUUCUACUAAAAGAUGUACAUAGAUAGCAUGUCAAUACAGGGAUUCUUUAUACAGAUGGUUGUAAACAGACGCAAUAUUCAAUGUAUUUAUUUAUUCUAUAUGUUCAAUUUGAUAGAUAAGUAGAUACACAGACAGACAAUCCUGCCUGUAUCUCUUAUUUAAAAUACAGCAGGAGUUAUACUCCUAUUGAAACAAAAAUCUCAUUUUGUGAAAUUGUGACUAUCACGUCCAACAGACUGCCCAAGUGAACCUCAUCAUAUGAUGUACAAUCAUUUACUGAUAUUGGUAUUAGUCAGGGAACAUGAGAUUCUGCUUAUAUAUAUCCAAUAUCUUUAAACAAAGAGCUUGUUUUUUAAUUGUUUUUCCUGGACUGGAAAAUAAAUUUAAAACAUUUGUCCAAAACAGAAAACAAAAUUAAAAACAAAAACUAUAGCCAAGUUAUGAAAAGUUUCCACUUGCUACUUUGAUUAAAAUUUUACAUAUAGAUUACCAGAUCGUGUCAAGUGUGUAAACGGCACGUCAAGUACAUACACCUCGUGUUAGGGAUCCAGAUAUAUAAGUUCAACAUAUUAACGUUUAAGCAUUGAAAAUUAGUCUGGUCCAUGGAGGAUAAAUUAUGUUUGGCUGAAUCAAUUCAUGUGAAAAUUUUUUUUUGUUCAGUCAUACAUAUGGUGGUUUGGCUCAAACGACUUUCAUUCUCGUAAUGGUUUUGGAAAAAAUGUUUGGGUGAAUACCAAUAAGAACAAAUGAUACAAUCAGUGUAUUACAAAAUAUGUAUUACACUAUACAUAGGUAAAUAUAAUGUUAUAAAUAUUGUCUAUGUAUUUUGCAAUACACUGAUGGGUACAUUUUCCUGCCGUUUGGUUGACAUAUCAAGUGAGAAGUAUCCAACAGAGGGUUAAAAAAAAGUAGCAAUACAAAAUCUAUAUAUAAGUAGUUAUAUAUUAUAUAUUAAAUAUAUAAUAUAAAUAUAUACUUGUAGAUUUUUUUUCUACUCUCUUUCCCUCGACCCCUUAUUGUUCUUCUCACUUGAUCUGUGUCAGGAAUAGCUGAUGCCCAACACGCAGAACUUAAGUAAAUAUAAAGAUAAAUCCGAAGACGUAUCACCGGGCCUUAGAAUGGCCGGAUUAACAUAUAAAGGAAAAAAGACAGGAUAAUGACAAGAACGCAGAAAUCACAGAAACAAUGAACAAGCCAAGGGUCCAGAAAUUGAGAAUUCAGAAUAGUUAGGAGCCAAGCCAAAGGUCAAGGAAUACAGAGAUCGGAUAGUCAGAAGGAAAGCCAAGGUCAAAUACACAAAAAUCAAUAACAGAAAUGCGCUCUCGGAUAACAUCAGCGGAAACCGCGACAGGGCACAGAGAAAUGGACAAAACAGGUUUAAAUAGUCUAAGGUGCUCCCUGAUUGGCUGCAGGGAGGCAUUUGAUCGUAGGCGUGUGUGUGUGUGGCACACUCACACGUUUAGAAUGAAAUGGCACUUUAAGGGUUAAAUAGUAAACCCUUAAAAUCAACAAAGCUGCAGCGGCCGGCGUCUCUAAUGAUUACAGACCCGGCCACUGUGUGAGGGGGAGGAGCCACCACACGUGGGAAUGCCACCAGACCGAGAUGUGCCCACUGUGUUUCAGUCCGCUCCCGGGCAUGGGCGGACCUGGCGGGCGUCUGCAGGACAGGUAAGAAUCUGGCAGUAGGAGUGGACCCGGCGUGUGGCGUAACAAUCUGUGAAUAAAAUCAACAUAUUGUGGCUGUUCCCUAACCAUCAAUUAUCUUUUUUCCCAUCAGUCUUCUCUUUUUUGGUAAUUCGGAGUUACGGAAUUUGGAUGACCCACCAAUCUACCAAAAUUCAAACAAACUGUGGUUGGUUUGAAACUGAAUGCACAAUCUAUUACCAACACAUAAUGUUUUAUUUUUGGGGUUAACAGAAUAUUGUUUACUUUACAAUGACUGUAACAAUCCUAAUGUGUUGCGCAAGUGGCCCAGUUUUAGUCUGUAUCUCGUUGAUGUACUAGAUGAAAUUGAGAAUCUAUUGGAAACAUCUCUCUAUUUCUCCUUAACUGAAAUGCACAACAAGAUAGGCAUUACGGCAUGUCCCAUGCACGCCAAGUCUACCCAUUAGAUGAAAAUUCCAGUUGACUGCACUUUCCCUUUCUGGUUUUUGUCAUGGGUAAUUAGAAAAUCAUCAUUUAUAAUUACUCCUGACAGAUAUUGACUUAGUGAUAUUGUUAAAACAAAGCUGUCCUUAGGGGUUAUUACUUGUGGGGGCUAUGUAAAUAAUUACUUUUGGAUUUUUAAGAUGGUGCUCAAUGGAACUAAUUAUGUUGUGUUGUUUGUUACAUGAAGAUAUAACCCUGUUUUUCGUACAGAAUCAGACCACGCAACUCUUUACAAAUUAAAAAAGAAAUCAAUCGUUGAACAGGGUAGUAUGUUUUAAUUUCGAAUCAAGUGAUUAGAGGCUUUGAAAAUAUCUUUACCAUGUCUCACUUAUUCAGAAAUUCAAACGCGUAUUCCGUGAAGUCCAAAAAGCUAUGCAAUGGAAUUUUUCUAUAACCGACUUUCCUAUUAAAAGAUAUAGAUCUGUCUUUGGUUCAUACUGUGUUUCCAUUAUACAGGUUUACGUAUGAGAUUGCACCAGUAUUUGUACUCAUGGAACAAAUAACCCUUCGGAAAAUGCGAGAAAUAAUUGGUUGGUCUGCAAAGGAAGGCGAUGGAAUAUUUUCUCCUGGUUGGUUCUUAGGCUUAUUUGAUAAUAUUAAGUAAUUGGAGAGAUGUGUUCUAAUGUGAAAGACAAGAAACAUUUUAAAACAGAAACAUUUCAAUGCAAAAACAUAUAAGGUUGUGGAGCCUGGAGGUAGCCAUAUUGGAAUAGCAUCUACAUACUCAAAUCCUCAUAAAUGUGAAUUCUUAAAAAAAGAUUCUCAAGAGAAUGUGGUCUCAGCAACCAAUAAUAAUCUAGCAUUUGAACAGGUGAACAGAUAAGCUUCAAGCGUUUUAUCAUGUAUGAAAUAGGAAAUGCAUUUUUGAAACAAUUACUGAAGUUACAUAGUUACAUAGUUACAUAGCUGAAAAGAGACUUGCGUCCAUCCAGUUCAGCCUACCUCACAUUUGUUUUUUGCUGUUGAUUCAAAAGAAGGCAAAAAAACCUAGUUUGAAGCACAAUUUUGCAACAAGCUAGGAAAAAAAUUCCUUCUUGACCCCAGAAUGGGUUGAAUGCCCUUGAAGGCCACAGGAAGUACAGCUUAGUAGAUAUUCCGGAUGUUGCUAGGUUACAGAAACACUGUUCCCAAGCUCCCCCUCCCUGCAGCCACCUGGGUGCACCAACUUCUCCCCUUAAGUAGCCUGGUGGUCCUCUGUCCUACCAAUCCAAUUUUUUUAAAGAUACAGCUACAGAGACCCCCGUCAGGAGCUUCAGCCCUCAAAGUCCCACACCAGCAACGCCUAUAGUAGAUAUAUUGCUGAUAAAUGGCGAGCUUUAUAACAAAAGUCCCAAUAAUAAUAAUAAUGUUUAAACUAUUUCAAUAAACAGCUGGACUGAUAUAAAUUAGUCAUUCCAAAAUGUAUUGAACUGUUAUGACACUAGAAGGAAAUGGGUUCAGUCCAUCUGGUUUUUGUCUAAUAUUUUUCAAUCAAUUUCACAAAAAAAAAAUAGAGGAGUUCAGUGGCAACCAACUCCUACGCAAUUACACCGACCCUACAGCUUAGAACUUCCCAUAGCAUAGUAUUAUCAUUGAAUCCGUGGUAAUACCAUAUAGUCCCUAGAAUGAAUAAUCAGAGUGAAAUAUGGUCACUAUGAUGUCACACGCUGUAGGUGGGCUUUUGGGGCCAAGGAAAGUUAUUUUUUUGUUCAAUCAUAUAAACCUUGAGAAAUCAAUUGAUACUGAACUAUAGUGGUUAUGGUGCCUGGAGAGUCCAUUUAAAUGCUCAACUUAAUUCUCUCAGUAUACUGACUCCAAAUAACAAAUAUAUAUUUAUACUCUAUUUGCUCUUUUUUUUUUUUUUAAAUGGUUACUCCAUGUAUUAUAACGAACUGCCGCCUUAUCCUGAUCCUCAUUCACUAUCAGCCAAUGAAUGCUCCUCUGUGCAUAGGAAUAUGAGUUACACCCCUGGCACCAAAGUGGUUAAACUCAAUAUGUGGUUACUCAAUGCACCAUGACCACUUUAAAUGUCUGAAGGGGUCAUGGUGCUUCGGUUGAUGCUUUAAUUUUACUUUUAAUAUAUAUUUUUUAACAUAAAGGGUUAUCAUCCCAAAAAGUGUUGUUAGAAUUUACUGGCUAUUUGCACAUUUAAAAAAAAUAAAAUAGCUGAAUUAUGUCUAUGUAAUUAAUAGGAGGAGCAAUAUCCAACAUGUACAGUAUCAUGUGUGCGCGAUACAAAUACUUCCCCGAAGUGAAAACCAAAGGCAUGGCUGCUGUCCCCAAACUGAUCAUCUUUACCUCAGAACAUGUAAGUUAAAUUCAUUAUUUUAAGAUGUUUUUUUAUCAAUAACCAUUGUGCUGAUAACCUCUGCAUUUAACAGUUGUGGAGCGGAAUAUAAUGCCGAUAAUAACCAAUUUCUGUUCAGACUUCACAACGGGACGAAGUAAUCUAAUUAAAGAUAUUCAUUUACAGAAGGCCAUCCAUCUGUCUAUCCUUCCAUAUAUAUAUAUAUAUAUAUGUAUAACACAUUAACAGUGUGAAUGUUUCAUCUGUGUCCAAAUGUGUCUAUUAAAUGUAUUAAACUUGUGAAUCUGUGCUAAAUAUGUGAAUUGAUAUAUCCACUUGUAGUAGUGGAAUUAAAUAAAUGAUGCAUUGUUUGUCGGUUCCUUUUUGUUUUGUAAUUUUGUCAUUUGUGUGGUAUAUAUAUGGUGUCAACGCAUAGUGCUGGUCGUAUGAUAAUGCUACAUCCAUAUCAGCUUUUUGGUUGCACCUGUUUGCCAUUUGAGCUGAAAGGGUCAGUUGUCCCAUAAUAGUCCUGUACUUUAGCUCGUGCAUAAAAGGUACAGUUUUAGUUUUAGUGCUGGAAAGCUUAUAAUUAAUUAUUCUGAGCCUGCGAACAGUGUCAAUUCCACUUGUGUUGUGAAAUACCCCAUGGCAAAGCAAUGUUUUUGAUAUACAAACAUUUUAAUAAUUAAUGUUACCCCACAAAGUAGGCAAAGUAUGAAAGGUAUGCAGCUUUAUUCACUAAACUGAGACUUUGUGAAAGAAUUAAAAAUUUUCAGCCAAAACAUUGAAAUGGAAAAAUGAAAAUGAAAAAAAAAAAUCACUAAUUAUCACUGUUUCCAACUUGGCUUUAAAUUUUGAAUGAAUUUACCAAUUGCUCAGAAUUCUAGUUUAGUGAAUAAACCUCAAGGAAUCAUUGAAAACACCUUACAUAUCUUGUGCAGAAAUGCACUUCAUCACAGGUUUAACACUAUUGCUAAAAUGAGAAUUGUUGUGAAAUGAAUUCAAAGUGAAUUUCCCAAGUUGGCUAUAUUUUCGGUUGAGCUACUUUGGCCCUAAAUUUGAAAUUUACUUUGAAUUCCAAACAAAACUCACUUUAGUAUAUAAACCUUAUGGAAAUGCAACCUUUUUGGCAUGGGAAUGAAACAGAAUAUCUUUAAAUUAAAGGAACACUAUAGGGUCAGGAACACAAACAUGUAUUCCUGGUCCUAAUCUAGCCCCCUGUCCCACUUCCUAGCUUUCCUAAAAAUAAUAAAAUCUUACCUUUAUUCCAGUCUGCUGGUCCUGGCUCUGACCCUGAUCUGCCUGCUUGGGAUGACAUCAUCAGAAGUGAUAAUCUGAGACAAUCACAAAUGCUUUGGAGCAUUGGAUUGGCUGAUAUUGCGAAGCAGGUGGGACAGGGGGCGGAGCAAAAUGCCACCCUGGCCAGUCAGCAUUUCCUUGUAGAGAUGCAUUGAAUCAAUGCAUCUCUAUGAGGAAAGUUCAAUGUCUCCCAGCAGCCAUUUGAGGAAUGUAAAUACUGCCUUUUCUCAAAAAAAAAUAAAAAAAAAAUACAAUGAGCUGUAGUUGUUCAGGUAACUACAGUGUCACUUUAAUUCCAUUUAAGACUCUCUUGUCUACAGUAUACAUCAUGCAAACAAAAAUUCAAUGAUUCCCUUGCUGUUCACUGUGAUUUAUAAGCAAUCUGUUUCUGGAAAUUUGAGGGAAAUUUUACAAUAUAUAUAUUAAUUUAUUUGCAUUCUGUCCUUAAUAUAGAGUCACUACUCCAUGAAGAAGGCCGGAGCAGCGUUAGGAUUUGGGACUGAAAAUGUUAUCCUGGUGAAAUGCAAUGAGAGGUGAGGACAAACUAUCUGUGAUCUAUAGAAUGCGGCAGAGUGUUAAAUUUGUUUUAUUGUGCAGAAGGAGUGGUGUUAUGCCAUGUGCCAAAUUACUAAUGGUCUGUUGCAAAAUCUCAUUAAAUUGUGUUUUCAGCGUCCCACUGCCAUGUAUCGUAUUCAUUUUAUUUCACACCUGUCUGUUUCACAAUAAUUACAGAGGGAAACUAAUUCCUGCAGAUUUGGAAGCAAAAAUCCUUGAAGCUAAACAAAAGGUACGUAGUGUUUAGUUUUGGGUGUGAAGUUUCACUGAAAGACAACGCCAGUGUAAUCCUAUCAGAAAAUAUAUCUGAACGUUUAAGAUCUAAAGAUUUAACCAAAAAUGUCCUGUUUGAGAAGAUAAUAUUUUUAUAAAAUUGGCUUUUCCCGUAUAGCAAUGAUGGCAAAAAUUGGAACUGCAAUCACCGUUUCGAUUUCUUGUGGCUAGGGCCCUCUCUGACUAUUUAUUUGCCUUAGUUUAUUACAUUCAGGGCUAUUUACUAAGGUGAGAAUUUUCAGGAAUUCAAAGAAAUCCAAAUUUAAGGCCAAAAUAGAAAAUUUAUCCAAAUCAACUUCGGCCAGUUUGGCUAUUUUGGCUAAAAUUAGAAAUUCCCAUUUAAUUCACUUUGAAUUCCUGACAAUACUCACUUCAGUAAAUAACCCUGAUUGUAUUCAGCUGCAUGGAAGUGAGAUAUCACAGUAGAAAGAGUUCCAGAUCUUAGGAGUCACAAGUUCAGUUCGUGGCACGGUCAUCUCACCUGCUUUUUAUUCCAAGGUCAAUUAAAUAAGUAACGUUAAAAUGGUUAAAAACAUCUUCCAUAUCAAGAUGCCCAUGGGAACUAGGCGGACGUUAAAUUUAGGAUGGUUGAAGACUGUUAUUAUAUUUAUAUCACGUGGUGUAUAAAAUAUUUGCACUAUAUAUAUUAAUAAUAAUAAUACUCCUGUUCAUUUUAUAUAUGAUUCUAUUUUAUCUUUUAAUUAAGAUGAUUUAAAGAGACCCUCUGAUGUUAUAAAAAUAAUAUAUAUUUUUUUAUUUAUAAUGUCAGCAUGUUUAGUUUAUGCCUCCACACUUUUAAAAAGAAAACAUUAAACUCUCCUUUUCAUCCAGAGCUGUCCAACGUAUGCCAUUGCAGCUGCUCCUCCUCUUUUGAGAUCAUCGAAAAUGAUGAUCUCAGUCUAUUCCAGUGCUUCUUAAAGCAAAACAUUGAGGUUUUAUCGCGCAUGCACAGCAAUCACCAUUAUCAGCCAAUUGGAUGCUUCUCAUAGAGUAGCAUUUACAACUUUCAGAAACACAGAAUAUCAAGACUGUCCAGUAACUGAAGUAGCCUGUAGUGGCUGUCUGAUUGACUGACUGAACGUCGCCAGAGGCAUUCUGACAGACACACAUAAACAUUGCUGUUUCUCACAAACAAAGCAGUGCAGGGUCUUUGCACCAAAACCACUAAAGUAAAGCGUAGUGACUGAUUUUAGUGCUUGGAGUGUCCCUUUAACCUCAAAACAUUUCCAUUAUUUUUCUGUGACAGUGGAUUGUUUUGCUCAAUACUGGGGGUUCGCCAUCCUUUAAUCAUCAUAACUCCAAUGCUUACUUGACUUGUUAGCCCUACUAUUUGCCAGAAUAGCAAAUUGCAAGCAUACAUCCAUAAUUUGGUAUCAUCAUCAUGGUCCACAUUAAAUUUAAUGUGGCAAAGAGGAGGUAAGGUUGAUUAUAGAUAAACGUAUGCAUGCUACUUGGCAAGAGUCAAGUACACCAUCACUAGGUUAUUUAAGGAUUCACAAGAUAUAGUUAGGAUGUGAGUGUGCACCAAAAUCUAAUUUGGCAUUAUAGGGUAAUAACCCUUUGCCAGCACUGGGUGAAUUUACAAUAUUUGGUUUAAUCUGCUGUAUUUGGGCAUACAUCAGUUAAGAAAGUAUUUUGGCUGAAUUUUCUGAAUUUGAAAGAUAAUAAAUUCAACAAAUUACUUCCAAAAUGUUGUCUCCAGUUUGACCCAAAUUGAUCUGCAGGAUGUUCCCUAAAUUUGUUCCUACAAGUUUAGAAUUUCACAAAUAAGCUCCUUUCUGUUUACAAUAGCGUAUACAUUUAUUACAUAAACAGCUAUUUAAUGCUCUGACUAUUGGCUAAAGAUAACAAUAAAAUGUAAUUCAUAUAUAUUUAAUGGCAAAAUGUAUAUGGUCAUCAAUGUAAGUGUGACAAAUAAAAUAACAAAAAUUAUGCCUAAGUACAUUAUCAGUAAGGAAUAUGUUGGUAUGUUUGGAAAUGUAAAUUUCCCAAAACAUCUCCAUGUUUAUUAACAAUUUGUGCUCCUCACCUGCAAUCAAAAUGUUAACUCUAACCAUUAAAGGAACACUGCAGCGUUAGGAUUGCAAAUGUGUAUUCGUAACGCUAUAGUGCCCUUCUAACUAAUCAUUGGGAGGCUGGUGCAUCUGCAUAGCAAAAUGCCACACUGCACCAAUCAGAAGAUGAGACCAUCAUUUUGAAAUAGCUGAGUUUUACUCAGCUGUUUGAAUGGAAGCUGCUCUAAUGGAUGUCACUAGGCAGCCACUAGAGGCAUUUAAAUCCAGCAGUGUAAACAUUUUCAUUCCUCCAGAAUUUGUUUACAUUGAAGGAUUAAACCUAUAGGGACAUGGAGCCCAGACCACUUCAUCGAGCUGGCGUGGUCUGGGUGCCUACAGUUUCAUUUUAAUACAUAGGAAAACCAUGUUAACAUGAAACAUAGUUGUGUAUAUGGUAGAUAUAAAUUGUUCAGAGCUCACAUUCAGUGUUUAUAUUACAGGGGCAUGUUCCAUUGUAUGUGAAUGCUACAGCUGGAACAACGGUUUAUGGAGCAUUUGACCCAAUACAAGAAAUAGCAGAUAUUUGUGAAAAGUACAACAUCUGGCUUCACGUGGAUGUAAGUAAUCCAUCUAUAUUAUGUCCUUUGAGAUGUAAUUCUUAUCCCAAAGACUGACAUGUCUAAUUUUAUUGUCCCAGGCGGCAUGGGGAGGUGGAUUGUUAAUGUCCCGAAAACAUCGCCACAAGCUGAAUGGAAUCGAGAGGUAAAUAACUGAGCAAUUAGGGAAAUAUUUAUAGAUAAAGAGUGGGACUGUGCCAUCCGUCAAAUCCACAGGAGCACUUUAAAUAUGUAGCGUCAAUGUGAUUGAUUUAUUGGGUUAAUAAAAAGAGUUUGGAGGAUAUUGAUUGUGGAGGUAUACCCUCUCGAGGAUGGGUUACUACCGCUUGUGGUUGCCCCUUCCUUGUUGUGCCCAGUCCUAGAGUGAUUAAAGCUGCUAGCUAAUGAUUAUACUUCACUUCGGCCUCAGUAGAGAGGAUAAAACCUAUUAAUAUAAACAGAAAACCACCAUAGCAUAGACUGUAUAAAGGUGAUGUCCGUAAAAUUAAAUAUGGAGAACACUCACAUAUUUUUGAGCCCUGAAGGUCGGCUCUGAACUCAGUAGGUAUAAUGUAUCCACUAAGCGUGUUGUUUAGUCGAUGGGUAUGGUGGUUUUCUGUUUAUAUUAAUAGGUUUUAUCCUGUCUACUGAGGCCGAAGUGAAGUAUACCUAGCAUUUUGUGCACUAUCACCUUAUUUAUUUCCAAGACUCUAUGUAUGUCCAAGUGUUAUAUUGGCAUAGCACUUGGGUGAUUUUUAGCUGCAUGGUUUUAGGAUACUAUUGGCGCCAUUGUCUUUAAUUUUUUGUACAUAUUGUAGCUAGUGAUUACAGUCACUUGCAGAAUGUCAAUCGUGGUAUCACCCAAACACUAGUCAAGACUUAGUGAAGGGUGAACCCCCCACAGGGGGUCUCCAUUUACAGCAAUACAAAACAUAAGUCCACCCCAGCGUCGCUGUGUCUGGGAGAUAAUGGUAUCUCCCAGACACAGGAAGCCGACCACACAAAAAUCCCCAAAAUACACACCAUACAGUAAUGCACCCCCACAUGCCAUACAUCCUCAAAUAGCUCCUGGUUCCAACUAUGAUCCCUAUAAAUUGCGAAGCUAUUGGAUGUACCGACCCCGAGAAAUCAUUGUUCCAAAUCUAGACUUGAGGCUCUGUACAUACCCGAAAAUAUCUCCACAGAAUCUUGGUUUCGGCCGGUGGAUUCAAAUUUUGCGCCUAAACCACGUGGCGGCAAAUCAGGAGAAAGGGUGCAAACCAAUUUACACCAGUCGGCACUCAGGAAGGAGAGGUGAUUCGCCGGCCAAUCGGGAGAAAGGGCGCGAAAUCAACUUGCACCAAUCUGUGCUCAGGGAAGGGGGGAGUUACAAGCUAAGCCCUUUAACUUGUGCUGACCAAUCGGGAGAAAGAGCGUGAACCAGUGUGAAUGGCAGCUCCUUCUCCUAUUGGUUGGCACAGGUUUCUAGGUGCCUGGGGACCCUGUGGCUGUAAAGCCGAGUCAUAGUUCCAUGGUGCUCGUGUCUCUCUCCAGUGGAUAUCUCCACGUGGGUAACACCGGAGAGAGCGCUCUUUGGCGAUUACCCCAUCACAUUGACUAAAUAGAAAGUUGCGGUGGCCUGAGAACUGACAUGAAGAACGUAGGCUAAAACAGACAAAUUUAAAAAAUAUCUCUCUUUGGUAGAAUUAGAUUUUUUUUAAUUCUAACUUUGUUAUUGUUUUUGUCAUCCUACUUAUCCUACAACAUGUUGGUAAAAGGUAAAAUUGCUGACUGAUACUCUAUAUGCCUGUGCAGGACACACUUACUCAAGUUGUUUUUUUUAAUGUACUAUACGAAUAUAGUAGUAUAUAUAGCAAUCUAUGUUAGGAGAUUACAAAAGAUUUCUAGCCAAAGAUAUCUUUUGUAAUGUUGCAAGACUGAAACUACAUGAAAUUGUCCAGCCUCACUUAAAACUGUUCCAAGGAUCUCUAUUAGACAUGCUGAGGGGGAACAAAAUUCAGCAAUUGUGUUUUCAAACUUUGUUUUCAAAAACUACUAGUCCCUAAUACUAUUUUCAUCAUGUGGUAGGACUUAAUAAAUUAGCAGAUAGGGGCAUGGGAUAUGGGAACAAAGUUAGAAAUAGGGGGGACCUGCCAAAGUGCCUCCCUGAGGUCCUCAUCCACGAUGUAGAUAAGUGGAUAAGGGGUUAGAUAUCGAAUCUGAUGAUCAGGCACCCUGCCCACUAUUCAAUGCUCAGUGGGCAGGGAAUAUAACUUAUAUUUCCUCAUCCCUUAAACCUCCUAACCCUAAUAAUAAUUUCACUAGUCCAAUGUUGCAUUGUCAAACUCAUUCAAUAAAUGUAUCCUCUGCAUCUGCUAAAGUUAUUUGUAAAAUAAAAAAGGGAAAAUGGUCCUUUUACAUGAGAAACAUUUUUAGGUCUGAAAAAUAGAAUGAACAGUUAUUAAAUGGUUAACAUGAUAUACCCAUCAGAAUUAUCUGUAUCCCACCUAAAUGACACCCGAUCAGACACUGUCUGAGAAUAAGAAGAUAAACAUAAGGUCAGCCCACUGUCCCAGAAUAUGAAGAGUUAAUAUUGGAUUAUUCAAAGCAUGUAGGAUUACUUUGUGUGGUCACCAUUGACUUCUUAAUUACCAAGUAUCAUUCAACCCUUCUACUUCAUCCUUAAACGCAUCACUCAGAUUCACUUUCAUAGAAUAUCUUCCAGCAGUAAUACCUUUCUGUGUCAUUGUGCCUAGGCUUCUGCAGUGAACUACAUCUACGGACUGCAAAAAACUAAUUAUACUAACUGCAGAUGUUGCAAAAUUCUACAGUCAGGCUGCUUGCUAACCAUGUAUGUUCCACUUAUUUUACACCCAUCCUCCUUUCUCUGCAGCCUGGAAGAUGGCGAAAAAGCUACGAAGGGCUGGUUUUCAUUCUUUUCACAAUAAUUUAGCGACAAGUAAAUAAUCGCCAUCACAGCAGUCUCUCUCUAUCCUUAGCACUUACAGUCAGUUUACAGGCUACAAAUGUAUCUUUUAAAGAUGGGUAAUCAGUAGCUGAAAAAUACAUCAACCAUAAAGAUUAGAGAUUUUAAUAAAUAUGUGAGAAAUUUGACUUAGCAGUGACUGGUGAAAUUUUAAGAUGGUGGGAUUCCAGACUCCUAUCUCAGAAUUUGACACCUCUGUAGCCACCAUCUUCUAACAUGUGGCACUUUACCUCAUGUAGUCAACCCCUAUAGUCCUCAUUCAAUACAGAGUUAACAGUACAAUACACAGAGCCAGGACCAAUACAGAGAUAUGCAUACAAUACAAAGAGCCCAGUACAACAAAGAAAAAUUAUAACAAUAACUGAGCAUAAUGCGACAUACUCAUACAUUACACACAACUGAACGCCAUACAAAGAUAUACAUUAAAUACCCUGAGCUAGGUAUAUUACACAGAUACCGAUGCGACAGGCAGAGCUGAGUAAAAUACAUUGAUACAACACACAGAGCUGUCACAAUAGGGAGAAUAUAUAACUAUUCUACACGUGUGAUGGAUUACACAGGGCUGCAAUACAGAGAUCCCCGUGCAGUACAAUGUCUCUAUAUAAUGCUCAUGUUCUCUUCGUCUAACUCUCCGAGUCUUUAGCUCUCUUUUUUCUGAUCUCAUCUUUAGUAGUGCUCCUGCCCUGACAACAUUAGCAUUCCUGUAGAUGUUGCUUCGGUUAUGAAACAUGUCCGCUACCUCUGACUCACUAUUAGCACUCAGCACACUGUGUACAUAGGGUUAAAGUAGUUAGAUACUGAUAGACACCUUAUUAUCUUUGUAGUUGGCAAUGUCAUUGAUUUGCAGUGUUAGUACGGAGUAUAUUUCCUUGCUUAAAGGACCACUAUAGGCACCCAGACCACUUCAGCUUAAUGAGGUGGUCUGGGUGCCUGGUCCAGGUAGGGUUAACCCUUUUUUCUAUAAACAUAGCAGUUUCAGAGAAACUGCUAUGUUUAUAUUAGGGUUAAUCCAGCCUCUAAUGGCUGUCUCAUUGACAGCCGCUAGAGGGCUUCCGCGUUUCUCACUGAUAAAAUCACAGUGAGAAGACACCAGCGUCCAUAGGAAAGCAUUGUGAAUGCUUUCCUAUGGACUGGCUGAAUGCGCGCGCGGCUCCUGCCGCGCAUGCACAUUCAGCCUAAGAGGAGGAGGAAAGGAGGAGGAGAGGAGGUGGAGAGGAGGAGGAGAGUUCCCCGCCCGGCGCUGGAGAAAGAGGUAAGUUUAACCCCUUCCUCCCCCCAGAGCCCGGUGGGAGGGGGAUCCUGAGGGUGGGGGCACCCUCAGGGUACUAUAGUGCCAAGAAAACGAGUAUGUUUUCCUGGCACUAUAGUCAGGGCCGGUGCAAAGAAUUUUGGGUACAUAGGCGAAGAUGCAUUUUUCCGCCCCCCCAAAAACAUCUUCACCCAUGUGCCUCUUAACCUCCCUUUUGUGUUUAUUAUCCCGUCUUUUAAAUAUAUAAAUAAAUAGAUGUAUUUUAUCUCCUAUUUUUGCCUUUGUGUGUCUCCUAUCUCUCCUCUUUGUAUGACUCUUACAUCCUCCCACAUUUUGUGUCUUACUCCUCCCAGCCCCUUUGUGUGACUCCUUUUCUCCCAGCCCAUUUGUGUCUUUUAUUCUUCCCAGCUCCUUUGUGUGUGUCUCUUUCCUUCUCAAGCCCCGCUGUGUGUUUCUUUCACAUCCAGCCCCUCUCCCCAUCCCUUAAUGGUCCCCUCCCUUCUCUGACCCUUACUGUUCCUUUCCCUUCCCGCCUCCUUUCCCUGUCCCUUAGUGUUCCUCUCCCCUCCCCCAUCUGUUCCCUGUCGCUUAGUGUUCCUCUCCCUCCCUCCCUCCUUUUCCUGUACCUUAGGGUAUCUCUCCCCUCCUCUCCCUGUCCCUUGGUGCGCCACCCACCCCCAUAGUGGUCCCCUCCCCUUCCUGGUGUGCCUCCUACCUUUUUUUGUAGCGUGGCUGAGCAGAGCGAAUCCCGGUACAGUGAGCUUUUCCUGUAAGUUCUGCCAGGUACAGGAAACAGAAGUUCCUGUACCACGGUACACUCCGCUUGCCCACGCUACAGUCAGGGGUGUAUAAACACUGACAGUCACACACACUCAAUGACAAACACACAGACAUCUCUGACAGCCAGACUCACUUAUCUGACACACUCAUUCAUUGACAGACACUCACAUGCACACUGACAGACACACAAACACUGACAGACUCAUUGAAAAACACACACACACAAACUCACAGACACUGACAGACACACAUGCACAUACUGACAGACACACUCACUCACACACACUGACAGACACAAAUACUCACACACACACUGACAGAACCACACACACACAAACUCACAGACACACAUACUCACACACACACUGACAGACACACACACUGACAGACACACAUUCUCACACACACACUGACAGACACACUCACUCACACACACACUGACAGACACACUCACUCACACACACACACUGACAGACACACAUACUCACAUGCACACACACUGACAGACACAUACUCACAUGCACACACACACAUACUCACACACACACAUACUCACACACACACUGACAGACACACAUACUCACAUGCACACACACACACUGACAGACACACAUACUCACAUGUACACACACACACAGUAAUUAAUAAUCUAAAUUAAAUUUAAAUUUCCCACCCAGGCUCCCUACCUGGAGAGCUGGCGUGGGUCUCUCAUUGGUGGUCCAGUAGGGCUGCUGGGAGGCGUGCGGCUGAAUUGGAUGCCGAGGUGGCGAGGGAGCUCUGAUCUCUCUGAUCUGCUCCCUCGCAGGCUGUUUACUGAUGCCGCGGGAGCCGGAAUAUGACGUCAUCAGUAAACAGCCUGCGAGGGAGCACAUCAGAGAGAUCAGAGCUCCCUCGGCAUCCAAUUCAGCCGCACGCCGCGCCGGGGAUCCAGGAGGUGACCUGGCAGGAGGGAGCACUUCCCUCCUGCCGGUCACUGGAAUUUUGCGCCCCCAGAGCCGGUGCGCCCUAAGGCGGCCGCCUGUGCCGCCUUAUGGACGCGCCGGCCCUGACUAUAGUGGUCCUUUAAUCAGACCUCAGGAAGACACUGAGGCUACAUUUGGCAGGGGCAAGGAGCUGCCGCUGCUGUGCUCUCUCUGUGCUACUUCCAAGAUGGUUUCCUGCUUCUCUCUCGUGUGAGCACUGUGACUCCAUCCAGUGAACAGAAUAGAGAUGACAAUAGCAUGCUUCCACUCAUGGGCAGCUGGCUCUGCUGCCCGAAUUCCAUCUCAAUGGGAGGCCUCUGAAAUCCCUUCUACACAUGUGCAAAACCUGCUGAAACAGGACAUAUUUUAAAUCUGCCCUAUUUUUAGACAUGCCUAGUUGCUUUCAAACAGUCUCCAAUGCAGGGAGAGGGGACGUUCCUUGCAGAAUUGAAUCCUAUUACAUAAUUAAAGAGACACAGUUUAUUACUUUUUUCAACUUAUUUUUUUUAGCUUUGCCAACUCCUACCAGAAAAAGAUUCUUAGUGUUUCUAAACUACUGCAAAUAUUCUUUUUAGCACAUACAAACAGAUGGGUUGCUGUCCCAAAGUGACCCAUUGGAAGAACCUCCUCUGCAAAAUAGGUAUAUAAAAAAAUUGUGUUUAUGUCAAAGUAGUGCAGAAAUCCAUUAUAAUUACAUUUAUUAUUAUAGUGCUAACAUAAUCCACAGCGCACUUACUGUUCCUGUGUGGCAUACAGAAACAUUCGUUUAAGAGGGUCUUGCCCAAAUGAGCUUACAAUCUAAUGAUCAUUUUAAAGGGUUCACAAAGUUGCUUUCACCAUUUUACAACAUAAAUCAUUGCUGUCAGUAAGAUCCACAUUUAUAGAAAAUCUGUAUUUUAAUGAAAAUAAAAACGGAUCAAGUAUGUCACGCCAAAAAAUUUAGAUUUUCAGAAAUAUUAUUAAUGUAGGCAGCAAACAUUUCUAAGCCAAUAUAUCAAAAAGGCUAGACAUUCGUUGGUUUCUGGCGCACAUUUUUCCUUUAACUUCAUCAUAAACUGAGUCGAAUAUAUUAUAUUCCUGUUUUCAAACAUAACUCUAAUUAAAUGAGCUGUUAGCUAUAAUACUAUGAACAAUUUUCAAUAAAAUCAACAAGGUAAAACCUUUCCACCAUUAAGAAAGGUAGACUGUCAUAAACAAGUUCAGUAUUCUAAAUCUAGUGUUAUCCAUUGAGUUUCCUAGAAGUUAAAGAGGUAUACGUUGUAACACGAUAUUGGUUUCAUUUUCAGUAUAUGCAAUAGUGAGAAUCCACUGAGAAGAUUGUGAGAUAAGAUUGGUUUCUUACUAUUAUGCUAAUGUACCAUCGCAAACACCUAAAGCCUUUUGAACAAGGAAUAGAGCAGUGCUAAACACACUAAGGACACUACGAUGGAAGGCAGCUCACCUGAUAAUAGGGGAAUCCCUCCAACCCCCAAGAAAACUGGAACACGUCAAACAACAAUAUACAGGUAGUGCCAAGACACAACAGUAUAUAAUAAUAAGAGCAAUAAGAGCAAUUAAACACCAACAGGAUAUAAAGAGUCCACAAUAAAACUACGGCACAGUAGUGGUGCGGCACAGUCUCAAAGAUAACAGUAGAUCUCCUAGUCCUGGUAUGGGACUUUCUUGGUAGCUUCGCUUAAUAGCAGAAUAUGAAAAGGAAGCAAAAACAGAGGCAAAUCGAUAGUGCAAUAUGGAAGUACGUGGUAGGACAAAUGACACUUUGAUAAGAUGUCAACUCACAUAUGGUAGAGCUAUAACCAGCUCUAGGUAAAACAGCAUGCAGUGGUAUAUAAUCCCCACUUGCAGGAUAUCCCUCUGGUUUUGGUACACAGUAGAAUGAUGGUAAAUAAUAACAGGAUAACAAUGAGGUGGAUCAUGUGGAAUGACAAAAAAGCAGCCAAUAGUGCUCUGCUCUCUAUUUAGAUAGGUAAGUAUCAAUAAGGUAAAUAAAAAAUAUACUUACAAUAGAGUGAGCAGACUAACCGCUCUAUGUAUCAAGCCUGGGUGGUAUAAUCCACACCAAGGAUUUAUUUUGGUUGGUUGUCCCAAUAGGUAAUGGGUCCAGAUGUCAGGUAAAAGUAUAAAAAUAAAUAAUAAGUACUAAAAAUAUAUGGCUUAAAGGCAGGUAGUGAGUUAGCCAAAAUACUUUAUUUAACAACAGCAUAAAAACCACAACGCGUUUCUCCCCUUAGGGCUUUGUCAAGUGUUAAAAAAUCAACCAAAGAAAUCCUUGGUGAGGAUUAUAUCACCCAAGUUUGAUACAUAGAGCGGUUAGUCUGCUCACUCUAUUGUAAGUAUAUUUUUAUUUGCCUUAUGAUACUUACCUAUUUAUAUAGAGAGCGCUAUUGGCUGCUUUUUUGUCAUUCCAUAUGAUGUACCUCAUCAUUAUCCAGUUGUGAUUUACCAUAAUUCUACUAUCUAUUGCCACCUUUGAAAAUGUGCCGUACCAUUUGGUAUUAUUUAUACUUUCAAGUUUUAAUGUGGACUCUUUUUAUAUCCUUUGGGUGUUUUAUUGCUCUUAUUAUUAUAUACUAUUGUGUUUGGAGUAUUUGACUUGACCUAAAACCUUUUAGCUAGCUGCAGUGCUUUAGGGACUAACGGAGUGUAGCCUUUAUCAAAACAUAUUAAAGUCAGCAGUUUCAUAAAGCCUCUGGUUCCACUCUCCCUGCUGUCAAAAAGAGAGUCGGAAUGUCGAUCUUCCUCACUGCUUUGCAGACAUGAGUUUUUUACAGAAAAGCACUUGUUUCAAUGUAUCCUUCUAAGUAUCCUUAAAUGAGGAGUGCUUACAUGAGAAGCAUUGGAUUGGCCAGGAGAUCUUCACUAGUGAGGUAGAGCAGAGUUGCGACCAAGGACCUUCUGUAUUAUAGGUUAGCUAAAUCAUUAAGAAUAUAAACCUAUAGCCCUCUCCCUAGUACAAUACAAGUGUGCCCCCACCCCACCCGAGCACCCCCGUUUGUUAUAAAGAUUAACAAAAUGUAGGAUUUACUAACCUUUUUUCGGAACUGAGGCUCUAGCUGUGCGAUACCAUGAAGGAGGCAUUUAUGGUCCAAUCAAGUGCUCCUCAUAGAGGAAUAUUGGGGACCUGAUACUCACGUGUUGCAAGCAUCCCAGCUUCCACAUGGCUUUGGCAACACAUGACAUCAGUGCUACAGAAGUGCCUCUAGUGGCUGUCAGUAUGACAGCACUAGAAGUGGACUUAACCCUGCAGGGUAAACAUUGCAGCUUCUAAAAAAACAGCAAUGUUUUGCAUUGCGGGGUUAAAACGAAAGGGCCCCUGGCCACUUCACAGAGAUAUAGUAGGUGGGUGAGAUGUUUCUUAGGGUACAGUAGGGGGCAAUAACCUAAAUGGUAUUUAAACACACCAGCGUUAUAAAUAUAGGCUGUUCCUUUAAUAUGUGAAGAGAAUGGGAUGAUAUUUGGUCUCCUGCUGUUUUGUUUUAUUUUUUGGCAAUGAUGAAAACUGUCAAGUUUAAUACAACAAUUCUCACUGGUAUUUAUUGAUUAGACAGUUGCUGACAUGUUAAAGUCACGGCAGCUUCCUGUUUCCAUUCCCCGAGGCUAGCCAACUGUGAUAUGACCUCUUUAUUUGCCCCACUGAAACUCGACAAAAAAUGUCAGUAGAAAUAAGGUUUCUGGAAUUAAAAAUGAGAGAACAUCUAUUGCAUUCAACAUCAUGGGUCUCAUUGUACAUUGAAACAUUGAGACUGACCGCUAAAGGCAAAAAGCCAUCAGAACAUGUUUUCUUUGUGUUAGAUGAAAAAUGUUUAUUGUACAAGAAAGUUUUAAGCCACCCGAUGCCUCAGGCAUAAGAAAAUCGAAAUGUAUCUAAAAUAUAGGGAAACCAAGGCAAGCAAUUAUUUGGAUAAAACAGUGCAAUGACAAAAACAAAUGUUUUUCAACUAAACAACAUAAACUGUUAGAAUGAAUCACUUUUCUAAUAGCUUAACCUAGUUUAAUAAGAGCCAGAAUAAUUUAGCCUCAGAAUAACUAGAAAAAUAAUAGUGGUUUGUAUUGUUGUUAUACAGUUAUCCUGCACGUGUACUUUGUAGAAUAUCCAGCAGUCACAUAAUAGAUAUUAACCAUUGUAUUAAUUUUAAAAAAUACUGUUUAGUAGAUUUACCCCAAUGAAAACAUGCAUGUAUAUAGCUAUGCAGUUUUUCAAUGGGGUGUAUAUAUAAAAAUUGCUAUUAGCAAAAGCUGCAGAUCUCUUGUCUGCAGCCUUUGCAAGCUCCCCCCUUCUAACCCCGCCCAGACUUCCUGUGGCUGUCCAAUCACAGACUUCCCUAUGCAGCUCAAUGAGAAGUCUUUGCAAGGCAGGUGCUCUGGACAAUGGUUGCCUCUUGAGUUUAGCUCAACUGAGGUUACCAAACCAGGAAGUAACAGGACAUGUGGUCUGCUUGACAGCCAGAGGUGUAACCAAGUUAAUUUAUAAAAGUGCCACUUUCUAUUGAAAUCUGCACUUUUCGUAAAAUGAAAAAAAGAGGACACACUAUUGAUACAUAAAGCAGUUCAGCAAGCUGGAGUGAUUUACGAGUCUAGUGUGUUCCUUUUAAUGUUUCUCAACCCAGUCUUUAAAGGACCUCAGAGACCUCAGGAUUUAGAGUUUAGCAAAACCCCUUCUUUGGUAAUAUCAAUAAAACCUGUACAUUUUGUGGUGUGUGAGGAGUGAUUAGAUAAUAACCUCUUUUAUAUGAUGGUUGAGACUAUUCCAUUGGCUGGAAAAAUAUGUUAUGUAGUUAUGGCAACUUUGCCUGUUAAUCUAUCAGAUACAGGAAGCCUAAAAUGGGGCAGCAUAUGUCUGGCAGUUGGAGAUGUAGCGCAGCAUGGCUGCAGUUGUAAAGACUGAUACAGUUGUCUGGUAGUUCCCAAACAUCAUAAAGGGCUAUUCAGCAAUACAGAUCAGUUAAUGAGAUAAAAAAUUCUCCCUGGCUGUUCUAAAGUUCUAAACAUUGCAUGGGCGUGAGCCAUAGCUGACUUUUGUCAUGUUAGAGGCAGCUGUUAGUGCCCCCUGUCACUUCUGUGCAGGGUAAUGAGUCAAAAUGAUGUAUAUGAUAUGUGACUUCAUAUCCAGUUGCUUGAGACUGGAUACAGAGGAAAAAAGAGGUUGCAAGAACAAAGGGGGAAACGGGGUAAGAGAAAUGUAACAGAGCUUUGGAGAAAAAGCAUUGUUAGAUGAGGAAAGGUAAUGCGAGACAGUGAAAAAAAUAAGAAAAUGGAGGUCGGAGAGCAACAAGGAAGGGAGAGGGUAUGGAGAAAAGCUAAAACGAAUAAUUAAAAAGGAGAGAAAAAAGUGCGAGAACGAUGGUAGAGUAAAAAGACAGUAUGGAAGAGAAUAUAGGAGAGAAAUAGGGGGCAGUAAUUAAAUAAAAGGAGAAGUAGAAAGUGAGAGAUCUGUGGAUUGAGUAAAAGGCCAGUGGGCCGGGGGUGAAAAACGUUGGUUACUAAUGACCCAAAGAUAAAAAAUCAAGGGAAUGAGAGUAGAAGUCUAAGGGUCUUAUGGUAGAAGACCUGGAAUCAUAGGGUUCGAGACCUGGACACGGUAAAUAUUACCUGAUUUAAUGAUGAUAAAAAAAAGAAGAUACACAGUGCCUCUUAAUGAAUGGGCUUGUGGUGGAGGUGGGAAGGUACAGGCUCUGUAAGUGAUGAAUUUAGGGUGGAUUAGUAAUUACAUUUAGGAUUUGUUACACUUUAGAGAGUCCAAUACAAAAUACAAAACAAAAUAUCUUUAGUACAGUUGGUGAAACCAGUCCAUAAAAUGGAUGAUAGCGUAAAGGAAGAUAUUUGUGUCAACAGGAAAGACAUGAUAAUAAAAUCUAAGGUUAUGUGUAUUUACCAUAUGCAAAGAGCAAAGGACCCAAAUCCUUUGGGUACGUAAUCUGCGAGAAGAAUUAAAUAGAUAAAGCUCCAGAAUUAAAUCGUAAAGUUACAUUCAGAUAAAUAAUCCUGUAUAAGGAGAUGGCAGUGUCUCUAGAUUAGUGUUCGUGUCUGUAAUUGGUAAUGUCUUGGGCAAAAGAAACACUAAAUAUAUCUUUAUUGUCAGAGUGACCUACUUCUCCAUUUGAUAAUGGAUCUCCUAGCCUGCUUACAUUUCGACUCCUAUCAGAUGGCCUGGCAGAGUUUAUUGCUUGUGCAAUCUUUAGUUCAUGAACACAUAUCACUAAACAAUGGUCAAAGCUGGUUACUUUUCCCAGUGUCGAGAUAAAACAAUAAUAUUAACAACCAGUACCGUGUUAAUAAAAAUGUCAGCUCCUGGCUGAUACUGUGGUUGAUACUACAUAGUACUUUUUCGUAAAGCAGAAAAAGCUAAUAAUUCAAGAAAGACUUCAGUAAUUGAGGGUGAGUGAUUGAGAGAUACAUAUCAUUAGUGGAUAUUGUUGGAUCUAAAUCUAUGCUGCCCUGCGAUGUGUUCAAACCUGUAUAGAUUAUAUUGAAGGUAUGUUGUCCAUAAACACAACUUUUUAAGGUUUGCUGGGAGGAGAGCAAGGCUAGAUUCCCCUUUAACGAAUGCUGUGUGUGGUUGUUUGCACCAUAUGUCAUUAGAUUAUAAGAAAUAUUUAAAUAUUUUUUUCAUUAAAUAUUUCUUUCACAGAGCUGACUCGGUAACCUGGAAUCCUCACAAGAUGAUGGGAGUUUUGCUGCAAUGUUCUGCAAUCCUCUUAAGGGAAAAGGUAAUUCCAGAGAAUGUGUUCAUUUAGAACAGUAUUAACCUGCUGAUCAGAUUAAGUAGCAUAUAUAUAUAUAUAUGCCAUACCAAUAUACCCUGCUGUGGCAUGAAUUCAUGAUCUAUUGGUUGGAAUCAAGAGAAAUCAAGUCACGUCAUUUCAUGUUUGGCUAUACCAGCUCAUGUACAAAGUUAAUAUGUCUUCAGCUGCCAUUCAAUGAAUUGAUUCAGAGUAGCCUUUAAUAAAAUCAGGUGUUCGUGCCUUAGCACAAAAUAGCAUCAAAUCUAUUUCAAUAUACUUGUAAUAGUCAAAACAUCAUUGGAAAUAUACAGAUCAGGACCUGAAUAUAAAAUACAUCUGAAGGCAUAAUAUGUAUCAUGGAACACUGCAAAGAAUUAGGAAUUUGAAGAACGAUGAUUCAAUAAGGACAUUGCAAACACUGGGGCAUUCCUCCAAAAAUGGAUGACUAGUCAAGGGAAAAGGUCAAAGGUAAUAUAUGGUCAUCGGAAAUAGGACAGUCCCGAAAUAUGGCUCAUUUUCUACAUCUGAGUUCACACAUUGAGGUGGCAACAAAAUGCUGGGGGCUACAUUGGUUCUCUGGAGGCAAUUGCUAAAAUAACACAAUCAGAUAUGCCACUUAUGGAUCAAAACAAUUAAUUGAACAGAUUUUAGGCUGAAACAAAUCCUUAAAAUAUGCACAUUUAUAUAUAAUUAGCAAUAAUGGCAUAUGAGCAUUGGGUGACCUAAGUAACACAGUGAUGUAUUUUAGACAUAUUUAUUGCAGUCUGAAAUAGGCCUUAAAAGGGUCAUUUAAGGCUCACAGCCACAUUGCCAUGGCCCUACUAUGUAACAAAGAAAUGCCAACACCAAACAGAAACUAUCUGAAAAUUAUUCAUAGUGCUUCUGUGCUUUUCUGCCUUAUUUUCUUUGCAAGCAGUUUAGCUUCAGUUAUCUGAUAAGGUCAAACCUUAUCAGUUGGAAUUAACCUACAUCAUCUAAAUGGCACCCUUACAGUCCAAGCAGUUUAGAACAACCACGUGUAUAUCCCAAAGUGACUUGUUUCUAAAUCAGUUUUAUUAAAUGUUGAAUGUAAAAUGUGCCCAACUCCUACCUUUCAAUAGAUUUACUGUCAGGCUGAUGCCUAUUCUUGUUAUACAGCAUGCAAAGAGGCACUCAGUAUUAUCCCGGUAGAAAGAUCCACCUUAGAUACCAAACUUUUUUGACUCAAUAAAUUCUGGGACAUAAUUCUGGGAAGUGUUGGCCAAGUUAGACCUGAAAAAAAAGUGAAUAAGACUAAUUGCUUUUCAGAUUACAUUGACUCAAGAUGCCAAUUCUCCUGACCACUUGGUGCCUCUAUUUAAUAUUAGAGUAUGCAAUAGCUCAAUGACUCAAAAUAUAUGUGACUAUGGGAGAAUAAAGAAUUGGGAAUGUCGAUUUUCUGCCAAUAUGUUUGAUCAGCUGUGCAGAAACUAGCACAAAGUUACUAGUUAUUGUUACCAGUUAAUUUAUAGUAUUUAAAACAAGGUAAUGUAUUUCCUGGUGUGAUCUGAGUGGGGGAGUAACACAUAGCUACAGAUACUUUAUUUUCAAAUUGUAGAAUCCGUCAUCGUGCACAAUGCUCAAAACCAAGACAAAGAAAAUAAACAUGUAUGAAAUACUUGCACUUAACCUAAACAAACUUACUAAGGACCUUUAUUUCCAUGAAUAUUAUCAUUAUUUAUAAAGCGCCAACAAGUUCCGUAGCGCUGUACAAUCGGUGGACUAACAGACACGUAUUUGUAACCAGACAAGUUGGAUGCACAGGAACAGAGGAAUUGAGGGCCCUGCUCAAUGAGCUUACAUGCUAGAGGGAGUGGGGUAAAGUGACACAAAAGGUAAGGGUAGGGUGGAAAGGUAGGUUGCUAGCAUAGGAUGAUACCCAGAUAGAUGGAGUAACAUCCAUAGUUCAUUUACUGUACUUGAAUUCUUAAGUUAUACUUCUGAGGUCUGACAAAGUUUUCCACUAAAAUGAGAAUUCAAAGUUAAAUACAAAUUUUAGGGGGGCGGGGCUUGGGAGCAGAGCUGAACGGACACCAUCUCCAUCAGCUCCCGACCUCGCAACGAUAAACUUGAAAAUAUCACGGGCAUCUCAACCCAUUCGCAGACACCAACCCCACUCCGAACACAGGGUAACUGAGAGGAGCCGACUAAUGCCCUUCACCAAACGAAGCCCAGAAAGGUGAAACAAAAACACCGGGCCUACCUCACUCCCACGAGCUACGGCCUGGAGACUCUCCUGGACAGCAUCGGGACGAAAUACCGCCCAGACUCGGAGGAGACGGCCACCGCAACACACUGCAGCCCCACUGCAACCAUGGGGUGUCGCACGCAAAAACAGCACCCGGCAUCGGCAGCAGACCAGCCGAACAUCGGGGAAAUGCUGCAAUGACAAGCACCCUCCAAAAUAGCCGCCACGAGAUCCUCCACAGUAGGCCUCCCGCCAGCACUAUCGGAGCGGGCUCACUCACUGGAGCUAGGGCCUGAGGACAAGCGACCCAACUCACCCCUGGCUGGCACAGAGCUGAGCGAGAAUACCUUUGCUACAAAACAAGACCUGCAAACAUGGAUGCAGGAGAUUCAAACCCUGCUAGCCGCGGAUAUUGGCACCCUCAAGACGGACGGACGUAAAACCAUUGAGAGGGUGAGUGCCAUAGAAGGGGACAUACAAUCACUAACCAGUGGGACAUCAAAUCUCACCGCAGCCCUGCAGUCCCUGCAGACAGCCCACCAGGCACUGGCGACGCAGGUGGCCACCCAGGAGGACCGCCUGCGUCGCAAUCACAUUAAGCUAAGGGGAGUCCCAAAAGAAAUCACCACAGAGGAGUUGCCCCACUUUGUGAGGAGGCUUCUAACCUCCAUACUACCGCCAGCUACAGCCAGAAAACUCACCCUAGAAGGCAUAUUUCAGCUGCCAACUGGGAACACCACACCAGCCGCGGAGGCUAGGGACGUUAUAUUAAAGUGUGCUACAACACAAGAUAAAGCAGCAAUACUGGCAGCAAUCAGAGGCAAGACUCCUCUACCGUUCGAAAACUCCAACCUAUUUUUUUUCCAAGACCUCACCCGAGCGACACUACUCUGGCGGAGAUCAAUAAACACUUAACAAGCCGCCUGAGAACGGCAGGCAUACAGUACAGAUGGGGCAUGCCGCGGACCCUGCUGAUUCCGCACAACGGGACUAUCCAUAGAGCCACAUCGGAGGCAGACAUACUCGCAGUCCUCAUACUUUUGGGACCAUCGGACGCUCUCCAGAUAACAGCCCAGACAGGACCAGCCCGGAUGGGAGAUCCAGCCACCACGAGACCAUUUAACCCCCGAUCCCCAAGCACAGACUCGGAAACCUGACACAGUCUGCAAGCAAGCCUGGCCAACCUGGCUCAAGUGGACUUUAUUAAACCCGCAUACUGAACUGUUGCUCUUUUCAUAUAACUGUUUAGUUAUACCAGUUAUUACCUCUGUUAUUGACCCACACAUUCCGUGCCAAUCACUCACCCACACACUAAGUGAUACCCACACACUCAGUGACAAUCACAUGAGACCACACUAAUGCAGGGUGGCUCCAGACAAGCUCUCUACACCUCCCCCCCUACCCCCGCAGCCCCCCUAGGUUAGGGGCCCCCACUACCGUGGUAAAAGCCGUGACCCCACAAUGACGCUACAUCACAGACGACCGGCUCACAAAGAGUGGCCACAGCUAAAGUAGCACCACGGGUAGACCACCCUUGACUUCUCAUGAACGCCACAAACUAGUGCACUUACACAUAGUAAUACAAAACCUCAUCAAGAGUACAACCAUGCGACCCAAACCACGAAGAGCAGAAAUAGGGGCACCCAGAAACAUAUGUAAGCACUAAUGCACGCAACCGUUAUGCAACAUGUUAUAAAAAGAAAAAUAUGUGCUGAACAACUUGACUAAAUACCGUGUAAUGCAUAUUCUCAACUCCUGUAUCUGUCAAUAUAAUGCAUGAAACCAAAUAACGCACAAACAAAAUAAAGAAUUACAAAAAAAUAAAAUACAAAUUUUAGUGCUAAUUUGGAGUUUAGCUGACUUUUUUUUCCAAUUCAGCUAUUUGUCCUUAAAUUUGAAAUCAGUUUGGGUGAUUUCUCAAACACUUUGGUAAAUAUCCAUGUAAGAGAUCUUUAUCGGUUUGAUAUGGCUUUUAUGUAUUUUAAGAGCCUUACAUGCAUUUUAUCUCUGUAUAAAUUUGUUUAGUAUAUUGUUUCUAAUUAAAAUGGUCAAUAAACAUUAUUUGAAUUAAAACCCAGCACAUUUUAUUACACGUAUUUAUAUAUAUAUAUAUAUUGAUUUUUUUUUCUUGCCACCAGGGUAUACUCCAAGGGUGUAACCAGAUGUGUGCAGGGUACUUGUUUCAACAAGACAAGCAGUACGACAUAUCAUAUGACACAGGAGAUAAGGCAAUACAGUGCGGACGGCAUGUGGACAUUUUCAAAUUCUGGCUCAUGUGGAAAGCUAAGGUAAUAAAACUAACAAAAACUACAAACAUUAAAGACGGCUUGCUUGUAUAGUGAAAUACACAAAUCGUGGUGAGUAGUGUACUACGAAAAUGUAACUUCUCAUUAUAUACGAGAUUACCUGUAAUAACUGCUUAACUGUUGAAACCUCAGUGUUGCACGUUCUGUUAUUGACAGCAUCAAGUAGACCUUCAUCCAUCCAGAUAGAUAAAAUGAGUAACAUGGGACUGGAUAACGGUGACUUCUGCUAAUCAGCUGUUUAUAUUGUUAGACUGUAAGAGCAAUUUUUUUUUAACUAUAUCUCAGGCCAGGCUUUAGAUUGUCAAAGCAAUAUAUAAAUAUAUAACAUUGAAGAUAACUACAUUUGAUGAAUUGUGUUUUAUAUUGUCUUUGUGAAUAUUUGUGUAAAAACGAAUAAAAGAAUUGAUAUUUAAAAAAAAAAGAAAAAGAAAAAAGAAACUUCUCGGAUUUUAAGGACAAAGAUUAUCUCUGCCUUCCAACAAUUACCACCUGCUGUUGAACAACCAUCAUGAAAAAAAAAGAUUGUCAAAGCAUCAUGGAGACUGUAGAUACUGUAGUCCUAAAACAUGUUGGCUCAACUGUUCUAAGUCCUUUGGGCUAAACUAUAUACAAAUAUAUAUUGUUAACCCCAUGAGGACACAUGACGGAAAUUUUCCGUCAUACUGGCUUUUUACUUCUGAAGUUGUGUCCUUAAGGGGGUUAAUAUUAGUGUAGCCAAAUUCUAGGUGACAUUAACACAUUUUAUGAUCCAUAACUUCAUCGAACGUCUAUUUCAAUAUACUUGUAAUAGUCAGAACAUAUUUCUCGAACAUUUUAGCUCUUCAUAAAUCUGAUUUAAAAAACAACAACUUAAUUUUACACUAAGCAAAAGUGCUCAUUUGUAUUGUUUGAAACAGGGCACAGAAGGAUUUGAAAUUCAGAUCAACAAAUGUCUGGAGCUUUCCGAGUAUCUGUACUCCAAGAUCUGCAACCGAGAGGAAUUCGAAAUGGUCUUCAAAGGAGAGGUGGGUUGAGCCAAACGUUCAUGAUAUUCAAUUGCACUAAUUCUUCCAAACUGGAAACAUUCAUAUAAUUGCCUGGCUCGUUCAAGCAUUCACAUUAUAACAGAUGACACUAAUGUAACAUUAAAUGCAUAUUCCAUUGUUAUGUGAUGUGUAAUCAUUUCAUAAUUCACAGUAGAGUUCAUCUUAAUCACUUGGCAUAAAAUGACCAGGUCUGUGUUAAAGUACGCCAGUCACGUAGAAAACAAAGAAAUACAGUACUUUGAAAAGCAAUCAUUUUAAACCAGAGUUCUUAAAACCCAUCCUCUGGAGCCAUCAAUUGGUCAGCAAUGUGACAUUAACUCUCCCUCCUUGUUCUCAUUGAUAGAACUUGCUAUCUGCCACUUACCUUAUGUUGGCACACAUUUAUCCCUUGUCAGUUCCUAUUUUCAAAUUCUCAUGCCAACAUAACCGCCUCUCUUGAUUGUUACGUUAGCAUCUCUCUUCUGCUUCUCAGACUGAUAAAACGUCUACCCUUGGCUGUUAUAUUGGUGCAACUGUGUUCGCAUGCACUGCACACUAGCCCCCAAUGCUUCCCUAUGGAAAGUAUUGGAUAGACUGAGAUGAUCAGUAUUUAAGAUCUCAACCAAGGAAUAGGUGACCUAUGCAAGACCAGGACCAGAGGGUUUAAUGUAAGUAAAUCUUAAUGUAUUUGUUAAGGCAGUUUGCUAAUCUAGAUUGCUAGGAAAACACUCUAGCAUUAGAGUGUUCUUUUAAAAUUUUAGAGAGUUAGUUUACAUGUUUUUAUGCAGAAUCUAUAGUUUUAAGUUUCUACUUUGUUUAGGGGUGUAUCAUAUUUUAUACCUGUAUACAUUCCAUCAGGCAGUAAAACACCAUCUGCGAAAACGAUCUUACAAAGUAUGAAUUUAUCAAAUGUCAUGGAAAAAUACAUAAUUUUUUCGAUAAAAAAAAAAAUGAAAUACAUUCUUACCCACUUGUGCUACUAGAACAUACUUCAACUCCUUAAUUCUAAUAUCCCAACAAUGAAUCAUGCGGCUAUACCUCAGUAUGUAAAUUAAGCUGACAUGGUUACAAGGUGUAUGGUAAAAUUUCAUAAUGCAAGUGACUUUAGCUGUGGUAUAAUUGCUGGUGCCAGAUGAGGUUAAUUUCAGAAUUUUUACAGUGAUUGUCAUAAACAUCAAAAUACCAGUGAGAGAUGGUUGUGUGGAUGAGGACAUUUUGUAUGUGAUGAUGUCAGGGAAAGGUCAGACUCACACAAGAUAGCGGAAAUAAUACAAUUUAAAAAGCUUUUGCAGCGGUGGUGUAGUACACAGUUUUACUUCCAGUGUGCAAUGUGGUGUCCCAAUUCUAGGGCUGUGAUGGCACAUACAGGUCUCAAAUGCCCAGGAAUAGGUCCUCAAUGGUAACUGUACACAAAUAAUUUGGGUACCAAGCCAACUCGCACCCUGCUCUGAUUGCCAAAGAAAAAACUCUUUGUAGGCUAAAAGUGAUUAUUUUUUUAAUAAAUAUUUUAUUGUGUCUUCCUUUUCAGCCCGAGCACACAAACGUUUGUUUCUGGUACAUUCCCCCAAGUCUGCGAGGGAUGCCAAACUCUGACGAGAAACAGCAAAAGCUCCAUAGGGUGAGUACAUUUUUUUUCAAAUAGAUUUAAUAUAAAAGAUAAAAACUAAAGAAAUAAAGAGUUGUAAGAGACCAUGAAGAAAAAAACAUUAAUGAUUAUCAAUAUUACGAUUAAUGCAGAAUUAUUACCUUUUGUGCCACUCUACUUGUCUCUGUAUGAGCUUUGUUUGACGUAUUUCAGUGUAUUCCGUACUGCACAUUUUGUUGGCGCUAUAUAAGUAAAUUAGUAAAUUAGUGUAAUAAAAAAAAACUGCGUGAAUAACAAUAGUCAGGUCUAUUAAGCAGCUGAAAACAGUACGUAAGUGGAUCUUAAUGAAAAGCACAUUAAAAAUCCCCCAGGAUAAUUUUUGGACUAUUACUUGAAAGAAAAAAAGAGCCCUAUGAAGAUUAAGCAAUAUUUUCCUGCUGCCCCCCAGUGGAUGAAUUGUAUUAUGACAUUAAGAAAGAACAUUACUUUCAGAUUCUUGACAAAAAAUAUUAUUUGGUUUCAAAACGUAAAGAUUGUGUGAACAUUUAUUAUGGUGAUAUUUAGAAUAAAUUCUUUAGCCGCCGGGCAUAUCAUUCAAAGAAGGAUAGCUGUCAGGUAUGUGUCCUUAAUAUUAAAUGUAUUUACUUAGGACUCCUUCAUGGGAUGGUGAGUGCCCACAAGUGGUGACAUGUGGGAUGUUAUACCCAAGCAGAGUAGGAGAUGAGCCCAUCUCAAAAUGUAGGGUGGCUAGUGAGAGUGACUAAAUGGGAACAAGUGCCUAAAGCACUAGACAUGUGCAAUUAGUUUCGGUCCAAAUUUAAGUUCGGACGAAUUUCGGCAAUUAAGACAUUCGGAUGCUUACGAAUGUCUAAAUUGCCGAAUUUUUGAAGCGCCGAAGUGGGGAAUUUUGAAAGUGCAAAACCAAACCGAAUUGGCAAAUUGACGAAGUCCCAAAGUGCCGAAUUUCGGAAGUGCUGAAUGGAAUUGCCGAAGUGCCGAAUUUCAGAAGUGCCGAAGUGCUUCGGAUUUCUGAAAAGUGGCAAAACAGGAGAGAGAGGGAAAAUUAAGGGAAUGAUGACCGGAAUCUAACCCUAACCCUACUCCUAACCCUACCUCUAACCCUAAUCGGUAGUAGGGUAGGGUUAGGGGUAGGGUUAGGGUUAGGGAAUUGCCAAAGUGCCGUAUUGCCGGAGUCUCGAAUUUCAGAAGUGCUUAACCGAACCUAAUGUUUUGCCCAUGCACAUCCCUAUAAAGCACCCUUCUGCCAAAAACAGUGUAAAUGAUUGCAGUAACAUUAAAAUGAUCAUAUUCGGAAAAGUGGCUGCCUUGCAGAUUUUUUCCACAGAAGGCUCAUGGCAAAAGGCUCACAAUGUACCCACACCAGAAGUGGAGUGAGCAGUGACCCAGUCCAGGGGAGUCUUGUCAGCCAGGGCAUAAGCCUUGAGGAUCAUGGGUUUGGGCCAGUCGAGGAGACGGAAGUAAUACAAAUGUAUCUGGAAAAUUAAUUUCCUUCUGUAAGCUAAGAACCCACAAGGCCUGGUCCAUUAUCAUAAAUACCAGUAUUAGUAAAGGGGGCCAGGCACUCCAAUAUCAAGCUUGACAAAGAUUCCAUUGGGAGUUGAAACGUUGCAGUGUUCCACAUGUUCUAAUAAAGGUGCCUAAAGACAUUGGAGUGCCUGGACACUUUUUCUAAUACUGAUAUUGAGCCCUUGGUUCAGUUAAGCACCUUGUCUCCAGUGAAUUGAGUUCGGUUCCUUUUCUAUUUUUUUGCAAUUGGUCCAUUAUCAUAGGCCAGUGCCUUGUCUUGUGCUUAAAAUUCACUGCUCGCUUUGUCGUUUCUUCCUGCUUUCAUUACUCCCCUGCUUGUCUAUACGUAGAGCUACAUAUUCUAGAGGAGGGGCUGAAAAAUCAAAAGAAAAAACUUGCAUGAAAAGACAAAAACAUAUUUUUGUGUCAAACACCCAUGUAUUUCCUGAAGUGUGCCCAGAGUUCUCUAGAAUGCAGCCACAAAGUUUGAUCUGCAAAGGUAGCUAUAGACUGUGAAAGGAGACAUACAUUGUAAUUUUUUAUUGUUUUGUAAUAAAAAAUGAAAGUCAAUCCCUGCAUAUUUGUUGUUGUGUGGUUAGGUCCGGAACAAACGUACCAUGGUUAAGACAAAGCUACGCAAGUUUUAUCUAUCCCAGUUCUCUUUCAGUGUUUUAUUGCGUUUGUUUUUACAUUUUAAAGGUUGCACCAAAAAUCAAGGCUUUGAUGAUGGAAUCAGGGACAACAAUGGUCGGAUACCAGCCCCAGGGAGAUAAAGCUAACUUCUUCCGAAUGGUCAUCUCAAACCCUGCAGCCACCAAAUCUGACAUCGACUUCCUGAUUGAAGAAAUCGAGAGAUUGGGACUGGAGUUGUAAUAGUCGUGACAUGUUCUGUUAACCUCAUCCUCACCCACAUCAUGCUGAUAUGACAUUUCCAGCACUUUACGGGUUAACUGGCUUAAAACAAGGUUUUAGAACAAUAGACAUUCCCUCAAUAAGUUAUAAAUGUGCAAUUCUCUUCUGGCACUUCAACCAACAUAGGUUGCUGAAACAUACACUAAAUAUUAUAACAGAGAUAAGCAAUAUUAUCUAAUAGGUGUACAGUAGAACCUUAUUUUAGUGUGUUUGUUAAGGUAAUCAGAAGCCUACAUGGGAUUUGAAUGUUGUAAUAUAUAGUACUCUUUAAGUGUGAGGUGGCAUUUACUUAACCCCUUAAGGACACAUGACAUGUGUGACAUGUCAUGAUUCCCUUUUAUUCCAGAGGUUUGGUCCUUAAGGGGUUAAAGCAAGAAUUGUGGUGAACAAACAAGGGACGUUUUAGGCCAGAAUCACUAAACUUGAAAGCUACUAUUUUGACCUAAAUGUGUAGUUCCCUUGUGAACUCUCCAGAACACUAAAUUUACAGGUUAUUUACUUAUGUGACGAAACUUUGAAAUUCAAUUGAAUUUUCACAUUGGUAAAUAAUCCUGUUAGGAACAGGGUCAGCUCUGGGCAUUGUUUGAGCCAGCAACUGAUUCAUACAGGGUUAUCCAAUAAACUGUGAGCUGGCAGAAACUGACAAGUGAAUCUCCAAUUUUAGGACAAAAAAAUGCUUAACUCUACAGUUCGCCUAUUUUAGCUUGAAAUUUGUAAUUUACUAGUCAAUGCCUAACAAGGCACAGUAUUCUUAGGAAACAUGAAGUAUUUGAGCGAACAAGGGACCUGGCCAGUGGGAUUUCUUAUCCCUAUGAUUAAAGGAUUCUUUCAUGGCCCUGUACUAUAUAACUAUACGUACACACUUAGAAGUACGCCACAAAAAAGUCUUGUUAAAAACAUGUAGGUUUCUGAAAUAUUAAAUGUGCUCUAAUGUGUUAAUACAAAUUGCUUCUGUAUAUGCAAGCUAGAGUAUUGAAUCAAUUUCUAUUUUUUACCACGCGUUCUAAUGCUCCACAGUACUAAAAACAACAAUAUUUUGCAAUCUUAUUCCUAAUCUCCUGAAUUGAUGACAAUUCAGUGUGUUAACUAGCAAGCUUUAGAAAAUAAGCACAUGAUGUCAUCAAGCUGUACUGCACCAUUGUUAUCUCUGUACAAAGAGGUUAAGUGAAUACAGCUACAGAUCAUGAUGCCUGUGAGGUUUAAACAUGUUCAGACUUCUUUCCAUAUUGUAGUAUCAUUCAAUACUUUGUGUAUUGCAGGCUCCAAGUCAGUUAUCUUUUGUUCUGAAUAACACUGGCUUUAAAAAACCUACAUGAAUGUCUCUUUAAAGGGACAAUCCCAUAUGAUAAAAAAUGUAUAUAAGAACUAGGGUUUCUUUGCUAAUGCGUGACAAAAGUCAGAACUAAGAAUGUAUAGAAAAGAGGAUAUUGUUUAAAUACAAUCGCAAUAACUAUUGAACUGUGAAGUAUUGAAAGUGAGUAUACAAACCAGAAAAGAAUUGCUUACAUCCCUUUGCAUAUAAAGCAUAUUUGUAUGUAUAUAUUAACCCAUUAGAGUCCAUUUAAAUAAAUCCUGCCUAACAGUAUUAAACCUUAUUGUUGGUGCUUUAAUACCUUUAGACAGCACCAUCCAGUAAGUAGAUUGCUCGUCCCCUUUGUAGUGUCUUGGGGGUAAUAAUAGCACAGUUGUUGUAACAGGUACUAUAUUGCUGUAUUUUUAGGGAUUAAUUUAUGUAGAUUGUGUACAUUAUUGUUAAAUGACUUUGUGCAAUGGGAAUAAAUGUAAUAGUUUUACAGUUAUUUAACAGCUAAAUGAUAGUUAUAAAAAAAAAAAAUUGCUUAUUUAUAUGCAGAGAUUUCCCAUGUUAAAGAGGUGUCUUGUAUUUUCUUCCAUUUGUAAUGUAAUCUAUUUAUAUUAUAUACAUAUAAAUAUAUAAAUAUAUAUACAGUAUAUAUUAAUGAACUAAGUUCUAAAUAACGUUUAUUGUAAUUCAGUGUCUUUGUGAGCCAAAGAAAUCUGAGAAAUAUAGUGGAACCAGGAAUUACGUUCAAAUGCCCUCAAAAGGCAUUUCAGAAAGAAAAAUAAAAUUCCAUUUACACCCUUUGGGUGUGAGAGGUGCACCCUUGCAGUGUACAAAAAGUUAGGUAGGAACACAGGAGUCUAGUUUAGCAAACUUACUGCUAACAACUAGCUGUCAUCAGUCAUUUGCAUUGCAUACCGAUACAUUUAUCACGGCAAAAUUGGAGCAAUCUUGGGGCAAUACGCUAAAUGUGGAGCAAUCACCAAACAAAGGAUUUCUACUGAUUCCUCUACUGUAGGAGAAGAUAGAAGGUAGAUAUUCAACAGACAAUCUAGCUUUUGGUCAACUGAUAAUCUAGCUUUUUGGUCAGCUUUGGUCAACUGAUGAUCUAGCUUUUAGUCAACUUUGGUCUAGAGCAGAGGUAUGCAAGUUUUGGCAAUCCUGAUGUAUUGGACUACAUCUCCCAUAAUACUCUUACAGCCAUAAUGUAGUGCUGUAUAAAUGUAGUGCACAACAUCUGGAGUGCCGAAGGAUGCCGACCGCUUGCUCUAGAACAAAUGUUUAGCCUUCUGUGAUAUACUGAAGGUCUAAAACUGCAGUAGAGCUACCCUAUGGCGACCUCUAGUGCACUGAUUUGGAAUUAAUUCAGAACAUAUACAUGAUUGGCCAUUGAUUUCCAAAGUAAUUAGGUUCUUUUUCAUGUGUGAAAAUGUUUAAGAUAGAGAUUAAUUUGCCCGUUCUCUGCCCAGGAUAAGUCCUGUGGAAAAAUCGAAGCACCUUGUUAAAAAACUCACACAAAGACCAAUUCUUGGGCAAGUUGCCAGCCGUGAAACAGUCAGUUUGAACAUUCUGUAGUUUCCAUGGUGAUCAGAGCAGGAUUAACCAUACGGCGACUCUCAACGGCCACCUAGCGUCCAGGAAUUAGACAGGUACCCCAGAACCAUGAAAUUAUUUGUCCAUUAACCAUCCCUGUGUAAAGAAUGCAAGGGGGGGGGGGCAUAACUGGCAAUCUGCCGAGGACCCCAUGUUAAAAAAAUUAUUUCUUUGAUUGGUCAUAGCUCCACUUCUAGAAUUUAUCCCCAGAAUUUCUCUUUAAGGACGUGGUCAAUAUAAGCCAUUAGACAUAAUUAUUUUGCAGAUCCUAGCACUAUUAAACAGAGUAUUUAAACUCAGUAUUGAUUUUGAUAAUCAUGCUAUUAUCAACAUGCUGAAUCAGAACAUGGUUAACUAUUUAUUUAUUGUUGCUUGGUUUUGUGUGAUUUUCACACUGCUUACACCAUACCUCUUUCUCCCUAAUGAAAACAUUUUGCUGCAAUGCCACUAUUUCUUGAAGCAUUACUGUAUAUAAGCAGUAUGCACAGUAUAUGUGUAGUGUGUUUCUACAUUAUCAUAUUAACCUUAACUAGUAUAGAAUCAACAGAUAUGCUGUAGUUAUAUUAGGAGUAUCACCAGUACAUUAAGUAACGUAUAUGCAUUGACGUGCGUCACCUCCAAUCUAUUGCACCUUUCCCAAGGAUGAUAUUCUGUGAGCGCCAAUGAGGUCGAGUUUUAACCUUUAACCUCCUGGCAUAAAAAGAGUUAACAGGUACGAUCCAGUAUAAGGUUUUAAAACAUGGUUGCUCACACACGAUAGCAUUGUUAGAUAUAGCUAGUUGAGAAUCAUUAGAGGUUUAGUCCAUGGGUCCUUUGGCUCCCAUUUUAUAGACAGAACAAUUAUAAGAUAUCUAAAUAGAGAUAAAUGGAUUAAAAUGGCAUUAAUUGACUAACUACAUAACAUGUAAUUGGUAAACAUUAAAUAUUUCUCAAAGGAGAAUUCGUUUGUACCCCGUCUCCAUUCCAUGUGUUAAUUCAUGUAAUCUGUGUAUGUAUUAUGUUUUAAUAAUAUGCCUUAGCAAACCAUUUAAACAUGAUCACUGCGGGUCACAUAUUGUCUCUGAAAUGACUUUAUGCCAGACAUUCCACCAAUUAAAACAGAAAUAGUAGCAUUUAAGUAUUGGAAGCACAGCAUUACAGCAAACAGAUGGAAACGUUAUAAAAAACACCGUCAUUAUACUUCAAACCUGGUAAUCAGAAAGCUCAGUAAUGAUCUCUGACGGGACAUGCCAGGUGCUAUAUUAUUAACAUGAACGCACAUGUAACAUGUGAUGUCACAAACCGACAUAGUAUCUUACUAAGCGUCUUUUCCCAGAUUUUAUGGCACAUCAUUACGCCCGUGCCGCUCUCAUUGCUCUUAUCCACAAUAAAACAAGAAUAUACCAGUCUCAUAAUAUUUCCACCCACAGGACCACUUACCUACUUACUUAAACAAGUGUUCUUAAACACAAGAGGUCAAGGUUUUUCCAGAUAUCUCCAUGGACAAUCCCAAAAUCCAGAUCUCAUCAAUCAGACCCCCUUUCAACAAAUCCCAAACUCUAGGUGUACAACGGAGUAAUGUGCUUUUGUGUAUUGAAAAAACGGUGCAUUUCAAUAUAUAUUCUAUGGGCCACUUUUGGGAAUCAAACGAAUUGUUCCCUGUUCUGUCUUGUGUUCAGGAUGUGAAAUUGUAAUAUUGAAAACCAACCAGGCUCUUUCACAUUUACAGCAUCUUCCGAAAGACAAACUAAAGGGGCAAAUUGCAAUGGUCUAUAAUGCUACCCAAAAGGCACAAAAAAUAGAGGACAGACUCUUAUUUAAAGGAUCCUAAUGCAAAUGAUUAGGAACCUUUUUCAAAAUUUCUACCAUUUUUUUUCCAGGAAAUAUGGUUCACAGUUUCAUAAAAAUAGUAGAUGACAGAGAACAUCCCUAAUCAGUUGAAAUUAAUAAAUACAGAACGCUAAUUCGUCAUAAUGUUCAUUUUCAUCCGCAUCCCAUUAAAUCACAAAUCCACGAUCAUAUUCUAAGUAAAAUGAAAAUGUGCCAAAAUGUCUUGUGAGGUUUCACUUGUUGUGAAAAUCUUGUGACAAUCGUAUCUUGUCAAAAUGUUUUGUAAAAUUAUCAUAAAAUGCUGUGUUUGUCUUCGUUCCUGCUAUAUGAAAGCACAAAGCGGCUUUAUACUGAAACAGAUUACAGAUACAAAUAAUAAAUGCAAAUUUAGUGGAAAGCCGCAUCUGACUAAUUUUCUUUCUGUAAAUCCAACAAUUGAAAAAAAUCUCUUAUCAGCCGUAAGAUUCCAUCGGAACUGAAUGUAUUUUAUUAAAUAAUGAAUGGUGUGUUUUUCAGAAUUCCAAACGUGUG